CCUGGAUCCCUAUCAUGUGUGCUAAAUCAGCCACUGCCCCUCCAGCCCUGUGAACUCUCUCAGAUUGUGCAAGAGCAAGUUAGCCUGUGUUUAAUUAAAUCCACAUUGCGGAACAGUUUAAAUAUCUGGUGGGGUGUCUGCAGACGAGCAGUGAAGAUAGUGACAUCGUGUCCGUCAUCUCGCAGCAAUGGCAGAACUUAAGGUGAGUUUUGAAGUUCCAAACUGCUAAUAUUACCGUUAGUGACGUGAGAUUGUUAUCCUGCUGGGAAUUCUCAGAGUUUAUACGAAGAUAUUUCGAUAAAGUGUGAAUUGUUGGGGAAUCACAGAGAAUCCAAAAUGGUUAGUCCCUAAAGUGACAAUUCAAAGUUAUUCUCAAAUUUAAGCCUAAAGCAGCCGAAACAGAGAAAUUCUGUCAACUAUUCUUCCAGUUUGUUUAUUUUAGCCUUAAGUUUGAAUUUCACUUAAAAUCCCAUCUUUAGUAAAUAAAGGUGAAAGUCUUUGGCAAAAUAGCUUAACUAAAAAUGUCAGUUAUCUUGGCUUAACUUGAAAUCUGUAUUUUUUAAUCUUAAUUCUUACUUUUAGUAAAUUACCUGGUGGGAGGGAGAGUAGCCCCUCACCCUCCCCCCCCCUUUUUUAAAUCACAACAAAAGAAAACGUAAGACUGGCAUUAUGAUUUUAUAAAUGGAAAAACAAAUGUGAAUGAUUGUGAUCAGAUGUUUUGAGGUUGAUAAAGCGAAUGGUGUAAGAGUGACCCCCAUCCCUUUAUCCUGUGCGCCUCCAUCGUCACUCCGUAUUAAUUCUCAUUAUAAGCUCUGUCCUUUACACCUAGCAAUCCAUAUAGGGAGAGCAGACAGGGGAGAGGAGACCUGAAACACUGGGGGUUAUGGAAAAUGUUUUAGGAUCAUUUCCUGGCUUUUUAUUUUUUUUUUAUAUAUAUAUAUAUGUGUGUGUGUGUGUGUGUGUGUGUGUGUGUGUGUAUAUAUAUAUAUAUGUACGUACCUUAUAAGCUCUGCCCUUUUUGCAUAAUUUUAUUUUCCUGUUCUAUUUAGAGGUUUUUGGGGGGGGUUUUUUUUCAGCAAUGUGUCCCUAUCACUGUAUUGAUUUAAAAUAAACAAAGCGUGCAUUACUUUCAGACCCAUUUCUCCUCCACGGUUAGAAUAGCAGAUUUUCUGACCGGUAGGCAGCUUUCACUUUCUUCCAUUUUGUUCAAAGGGUUACUCCGAGCACCUCGACUGGAGUCUGUAUGUGCCCGUACACAGAUUAAUCCCUUAGCUGCUGAAGGUGUAACUUACUGGGCGUAUUAUUGCUGUUCUACACUCAGACACAUUACUGGGAGUAUUAUUGCUGUGGAGCUCUGUUAUACUCUCAGACACAUUACUGGGAGUAUUAUUGCUGUGGAGCUCUGUUAUACUCUCAGACACAUUACUGGGAGUAUUAUUGCUGUGGAGCUCUGUUACAUACUCAGACACAUUACUGGGAGUAUUAUUGCUGUGGAGCUCUGUUAUACACUCAGACACAUUACUGGGAGUAUUAUUGCUGUGGAGCUCUGUUAUACACUCAGACACAUUACUGGGAGUAUUAUUGCUGUGAGCUCUGUUAUACACUCAGACACAUUACUGGGAGUAUUAUUGCUGUGGAGCUCUGUUAUACACUCAGAUACAUUACUGGGAGUAUUAUUGCUGUGGAGCUCUGUUAUACACUCAGACACAUUACUGGGAGUAUUAUUGCUGUGGAGCUCUGUUAUACACUCAGACACAUUACUGGGAGUAUUAUUGCUGUGGAGCUCUGUUAUACACUCAGACACAUUACUGGGAGUAUUAUUGCUGUGGAGCUCUGUUAUACACUCAGACACAUUACUGGGAGUAUUAUUGCUGUGGAGCUCUGUUAUACACUCAGACACAUUACUGGGAGUAUUAUUGCUGUGGAGCUCUGUUAUACACUCAGACACAUUACUGGGAGUAUUAUUGCUGUGGAGCUCUGUUAUACACUCAGGCACAUUACUGGGAGUGUUAUUGUUCUUGAGCUCUGUUAUACACUCAGACACAUUACUGGGAGUGUUAUUGCUCUUGAGCUCUGUUAUACACUCAGACACAUUACUUGAGUAUUAUUACUGUGGAGCUCUGUUAUACACUCAGACACAUUACUGGGAGUAUUAUUGCUGUGGAGCUCUGUUAUACACUCAGACACAUUACUGGGAGUAUUAUUGCUGUGGAGCUCUGUUAUACACUCAGACACAUUACUGGGAGUAUUAUUACUGUGGAGCUCUGCUAUACACUCAGACACAUUGCUGGGAGUAUUAUUAGCUCUGUUAUACACUCAGACAUUACUGGGAGUAUUAUUGCUGUGGAGCUCUGUUAUACACUCAGACACAUUACUGGGAGUAUUAUUGCUGUGAGCUCUGUUAUACACUCAGACACAUUACUGGGAGUAUUAUUGCUGUGAGCUCUGUUAUACACUCAGACACAUUACUGGGAGUAUUAUUGCUGUGGAGCUCUGUUAUACACUCAGACACAUUACUGGGAGUAUUAUUGCUGUGGAGCUCUGUUAUACACUCAUACACAUUACUGGGAGUAUUAUUGCUGUGGAGCUCUGUUAUACACUCAGACACAUUACUGGGAGUAUUAUUGCUGUGGAGCUCUGUUAUACACUCAGACACAUUACUGGGAGUAUUAUUGCUGUGGAGCUCUGUUAUACACUCAGACACAUUACUGGGAGUAUUAUUGCUGUGGAGCUCUGUUAUACACUCAGACACAUUACUGGGAGUAUUAUUGCUGUGGAGCUCUGUUAUACACUCAGACACAUUACUGGGAGUAUUAUUGCUGUGGAGCUCUGUUAUACACUCAGACACAUUACUGGGAGUAUUAUUGCUGUGGAGCUCUGUUAUACACUCAGACACAUUACUGGGAGUAUUAUUGCUGUGAGCUCUGUUAUACACUCAGACACAUUACUGGGAGUAUUAUUGCUGUGGAGCUCUGUUAUACACUCAGACACAUUACUGGGAGUAUUAUUGCUGUGAGCUCUGUUAUACACUCAGACACAUUACUGGGAGUAUUAUUGCUGGGGAGCUCUGUUAUACACUCAGACACAUUACUGGGAGUAUUAUUGCUGUGGAGCUCUGUUAUACACUCAGACACAUUACUGGGAGUAUUAUUAAAAUAACAAUAAAUAUUGUGUGUAUGAAGUGAUUGAAUGGUUAAAUUAAAUACCAGUGUGACAUUCCAAAGGUUAAACUCGCUGGGCAGUCUCUCCUGCCUGGAGGUGGUCAGCCUAUGACUGAGUGCUAUAUGACAUUCCCCCUGUCCCUUGGACUCCGCUGGUGCUGGAUGCACUUUGUCUGACAGCGGUUUGGAGAGGGUGGUGGGGAGAGGGGCGUUCUCCCCACAGCCAAUCAGAGCCUCCUGUCUGACAUCUGCCCAGCUGUUUCGCCACAUGGAACCUUGAAGUUCUGGCACCAAGGGGGAAACCGCUUCCCAAACUGAUUAACUCCUUCCUGCCCAGUCAGGCUCAUCCUUAAUAGGCUCAUGCCGAAUAAUACUGACAGCGUCUGGAAAUGUCCUGUCUGAAGGAAAACUCUCACAGAUAGGAUUAUUCCUAAAGUGAGAAUUGUUGGGAAUUUAACAUUUCUCUGGCUGGGUUACUAGCUCUGUAUCGAUAUGGUACUCUUUAUUUUGCAUUUCUCCCGCUUUGAAUGAUGGGUGACGUAUGACCUUUUUACUGUGGUUCCUGCGCUACACUGAAUUUAUAAGCUGCUCUGACACUGUGAACGGGAGCAUAGACUGAUCUGAUGUCUAGUGACCCUUUCCGCUAAUCUGUACCGUCAUGACGAAUAAUGAAGCAUAGAAUGUAUUAUGGAAGCGGUUUCGUCUUCAAAACACCUUUUAAUCUGACGUCUAAUCUCCAAUAUCCCAACAUCAAUAGGCAUCGCAGGGUCUAACAGACACAACUCGGAGCCGAUAGCCCAUUCUGUGUAGAGGUUCACAACCCCUGGGAGCAGGACUUUUCCAUUUUGUACGUGGAUGGAGAUAACUUGCUGUUUUAUUUCCACAUCUCAUAGGCCUCAUCCCUGUCACAAUGAAGGACAUUGUGGAUAAUGUAGUCUCUUUAAAUCAAGGGAAAUGGGGUCACUGGUAAUUAACCAGAACACUGCAGAUGUUUGUGGAACACACUUCCCAAUCCCAUCCUCCUAAGCCAGCCAAAAGGGGCAAAUCUCACGGUAAAUGUGUGUACAAGGUUCUGCUUAUUUAUGUAUGUGAGCUUGUACAUAAUGUGGGGAGGUGAGUUUACCUGUGUUGGUGGAUCGGUUGUGGGGGGAAGGGGUGUAGGUGACUGGGAGGUUGUGAACAGAGGGGUGGAUGAUGGCAGAAUGUGACAAGGUGGGUAGGCAUAUGAGAGGGAAGGUGCAUGGCACUGUCUUGGUGAUUAUGUGUAGUUCAGUGAGUGAAUUUAAUGUAGCUGGGAGGGGGGCAGGAUGUGACUGUGUAUGUGACCAGACGUGUGCCUGGGUGAAUGAGUACGAGACCGGUGCAUGUAACUACAUUCAAACAAAUUAUAUAGCGCCAACAUAUUCUGCAGUGCUGUACAAUAGGCAAACAAGACAAACUCUCAAUUCUAACUAAACAUGUGGGACAAAAUAUUAAGACAAUAUGGGAAGAGUAGGUGAAGAGGGCUCUGCCAAAAUGGACUUACAAUCUAAGGCAGGGGUCAGCAACCGAUGGCGUGUGUGCCAUGCACGCCACUCCAGGCGCUGACCUACCAGGGGUCCCAGCGGGACUUGAGAUCUUUGCUAGUGCAACCCAAGCGAUGAUUUAGUCCAUUUACACAUUGUAGCACUUGGGAAUGGGAAACCGCACUGGAGUGGUGCAGUCUGAAGCACCUAUCAGAGCACCUGAUCCUCUACCUGGCCAGCCCGGCACCCACUAGACCCAGGGAAGCCACCCACACUGCUAGAUUUCCACAAAGCUGCAGAAUAACCCUCCUCCUUAUACAAACCCGCACACAGUCACACCCACAAACAAUCUACAUAAACACACAAUGUUGCAUAUCACCCACACACACCAUUACACAAGCAGCAUCCAUACACAGGUAUCAUAAUACCACAAACUACUCAUGAACAUAUACAAUAUAAAAGCCCACAUAUGCACAAAUACAAUGUUACAAAGCAAUUGCACCACCCAUAAUUAGAACAAGCAGAAAAUGGCAAAAUACACGCCUCCAUUUGAAAAAAAUAAAAAGACAGGACCAGCACGCCAAGGCAUAAAAUCUGAUUUUGGCACAGUAAAUACUACUAAAAGGUUGCCUAACCCUGAUCUAAGGGGUUGAGGGAAUCAAGUGAUCAAGGAUGGUGGGAGACGGCAGAGGAAGGUUAUAAGGGGAGAGCUGACUGCAAAUGUAGCAUGGGGGGCCAUUCAAUAAGGCAGCAACAAUCCCGGAGAAGUCCUGCUGGUGCGAGAACAUGAUCGUAACAGGUUGUUUGUGGAGUGAAGGGACUCGAGUAUAUCUUCUUAUGCGUUAGGAAAUGUAUGCAAGGGUAAUGGGGAGCUUUGUAGGUAAACACAAGAACUUUGAACUGAAUCCUAACUGGAAUAGGAAACUGGUGUAGAGAGGUGAGGUGUGAGAGUUGCGACUCAACAACUUUUAACAGCCAGAGAUGAUCUGUCUCCCUGCAGACACCACAGCCAGUCCACCUCUUACCUUACAACAUAAUCAAUGUGUGAAAUCAGCAUGCCAAACCCAUCACCAGUCUACCUCCUACCUUACAACAUAAUCGUUGUAUGGACCCAGCCUCCAGGAACCACCACCAGUCCACUGUCAUGAACGUGGGCUAUUGGCCCAGUGGGGAGAGUGUGGAAGUGAAAGGGUUUAUGACACAGGACCCCUGGUUACCUGUUGCUAGUCCCAGCAACUACUAAAUUAACCCCUGCAAUCCCUUCUACACUGACUCCCUUGUACACACUAGACAUGUGCAAUUCGUUUCGGUACAAAUUUAACUUCGGACAAAUUUCAGCAAUUCGGACAUUCGAAUUGCCGAAGAGCUUCGGAUUUCUGAAGUGGCAAAACAGAAGAGGGAGGGAAAAUUAAGGGAAUGAUGACAGGAAUCUAACCCUACCCCUGUUUGGGGUUGGAUUAGGGGUAGGGUUAGGCUUAGGCAAUUGCAGAAUUUCGGAAGUGCCAAACCGAAUUUUUAUGCCCAUGCACACACUAGGGAUGUGCAUGGGAAAACUAUUCGGUUCGGCAUUCCGAAAUUCAGGACUUCGGUUGGGUUAGGAGUAGGGUUAGGGUUACCCUACCCCAACUCUUUACUGUUACCCCAACCCUCUCCUCGCCACUCUCCAGAAAUCCAAAGCAAUUCGGCACUUGGGACAUGAGGAAGUAUCCGAAUUUCCGAAAUUCGCCCACGUCUGCAUUCGGAACAAAACAAAUGGCACAUAUCUAGUACACACUAUACUGCCACCACCAAGACUUUAUAUAUGGGUUGUGGCAAACAUAGCCACUUGGACAAUAUCCAGAGACUGUGCCUUUAAGGGUUGCCUGUAUGUCAGUGGGGAUAUGUGUUUAACUAUGUAUAAUGUAUGCUGGCUGUAAUGACGUGUAAUUACUGUAUUGGCUAUCUGCCGAAUGCAGAUGGCUGUAUGUGCUGUAUUUUCUUUCGUUUCACGAACGGCACUUUUGUGGGUCGUUCGUGAACCGAAAUAACCACCAUGUAGUAGCCCACACACUUUGCAAUGUUGCAAUCGGUAAUUAGAGGCUCUCCUAGGUGGCCGCCAUUCGUCUACCGACCAUGCGGCGGUUGGCCAUUUUGGAUCCUUUGUUCCCUCAGCGGUGUUUGGUCGUCGAGCGCAUGGUACUGAAAACGGCUACUCGACGGCGCGAACACCGCUGAGCUUCCAGGCCAUUCGGGAGUUCCGGGCCGUUGGAAUUUUGUUCCCUAGAAUGCAAUCAGUAUUUUGAACAUGUAUUUUAAUGAAUGUGUUUUUCGUGUGGCGUUCGGUUGUUUUAGCUGGGAUCUGAGCGGUAAUCUCACGAAUGAUGCGCUCAGACCCCAGCUAUCUACCGAACGUCCAUUCGUGCAAAUCAACCUAAUAUUCGAAAAGUUAUGGAUUUUAAUAUAAAUUGUCGGUCCUGCUGCACGGAGGGAUAAUCCACUUAACGGUACAUUCCUGUGGGAGGAUCUCUCUCGUGCAGCAGUGCCUGAUGGGAGAAAUGUCCUGUACAGUAAGUUCCCCAUGUAGUCCACUCUGGGAAUACCCCUGGGAGAGGACUCCGGAAACCCCUUGCAUGGGGACUUGUAUAAAUUGUGGAGCUGCAAAUAAAGACCUCAGUUGACUCUCAGAACUGUGUUUCGUCCGGUUACUGGGAGAUUUGGAUAUUGCCUUGCUUUUUCCAGCGCUUGACUGUGGAUUACUUCCUGAACCAGCGGAGAUCGUGGAUUUAAUAUUGGCGUUCCGCUACACAGGUGUCUUAGGUUACCCCACACACAGAAUUAUAGUAUCACAACCCUACUUUACUGAUCAGACAUGUAUAAUUAACCCUUUUUAGUAACGUGUUUACAGGGCCAGAUUAAGAGCCCAGUGGGCCUGGUGCUGACAAUUAUGAUUGGUCUAAUUACAGGAUCUUAUCGACCAAAAACACUAAAACAAUCAUACCUCUCAAGCAUUAUGUAUCUGAUGGAGAUGGUGUUGGAGGGAAAAAUCAAAGGAUGCAGCUAUAAGAGAACACAUACUCUAUGCUAAUCUCUUUAUCUAAUUUAUGCUUUCAUCUUUUAAGUAAAUCCAUACCCACUAACAGCAGUGUCCAGUGAAGCAGGAAGUCAGUGGGCGGGGUAAAAGGGUGAGCCACUGACGCGAAUCACGUGACCAGAACUCCCAAAAGGGCAAACAUGCCCAAAAAGGGGGCAUGUCUGUCCAAAGAAUUGGAAGGCCAGCCUGGCAUCAGUGUCCCUAUGUGUCAAUGUCCCCUAGUCUCCCAGUGUCUGUGUCCUCAUUUCUCCCAGUGUCCCCAUGUCUGUGUGUCCCCUGAUACUAGGGGACACUGAGAGACCCGGGGACACUUGUGGAUACAGACAUGGGGACACUGGGAGACAUUUGGGGUCACAAACACUAGGGACACUGAGACUGACACUAGGGACACUGGCUGGGAGGCAUGGGGACACAGACACUUGGGGGCACUAAUGUGGAGAUGGGGACACAGACAUUUGGGGACGCUGGGAGACAUGGGGCACUGAGACACUAGGGACACUGGCUGGGAAACAUAGGGACACUAAUGUGGACAUAGAUAUGGGGACACUGGGAGACAUGGGUACACUGAGACACUAGCGACACUGGGAGCCAUGGGGACACCGAGACACUGGCUGGGAGCCAUGGGGACAAAGACACUAGGGACACUGACUGGGAGACAAGGAGACACUGUGUCCCUAGUGUCUCCGUGUCCCAAUGUGUCUACCUAUGUCUCACAGCGUCCCCAUGUCUCCUAUUGUUUCUGUGUCUCCCUGCUGCCUUUCUCCCCAUCCUUCACCUACCUGAGCUGUAGUCUUUCUGCAGGCUGGGAGCUGCUGUCUGGACUGUCUGUGCUGUGUAGCUGCUACCCCGGGAUCAGUGAGUAGAGAGGCAUGGAGAUGCUGCAACUUCCUAUCCCUGCCUCUCUCCAUACACAGUGACCACUACUGGCUGGUGCUGGUAUUGCAGAGUAAUCUCAGUUUAUACUGAGAAAAAUAUUUGUAUUGCCGGUAUUACUGCAAUACCAUCACGGCCAGGCAGCCUCAAAUACCGACUGUGCCUUAAAUUACCAGUCAUGUGGCAAACUUAAGAGGUGUGUGUGUAUAAAUUUUUUUUUUUUUUUUUUUAAUGGGCCUGGAGCUGCAGCUCCAUCAUUCCCUAUGUUAAUCCGGCCCUGCGUGUUUACCUGAGCUUUCCUCAGAAGAGUGAGCUCAUAGAGAACAAAGACACAAGCUGAUUAAGUAAACAUUUAAUCUGACAAAAAGGAUUCACAGUGCUGGGUACAAAAAUAUAGAAAUAAAUGACCUACAGAAACACCGAUAAAUUGCAAAACAGUCUAUAAAAUAAAAUGGGAGAAAACACAAGAAUUCCUUACAUGUAUUUACCCGUUAUUUUUAAUUCUUGUGGGAGAUUCAGAUGUUAAAGUUCUCCAGGUAGUUGUUUAAAAGAAAUAUCUCCCUGGAUAAUCCAAUAUCCUCAUUAUAUGUCUCAAACUAGGUUUUUUUUUUUUUUUAUUUAUUUAUUUUUUUUUCUAAAUGGCCAGACCUCUGGGUGGAUCAGAGGGGUUUGGCCUGGCAGUUUAUUGUCCGCUCCAUAUUUUCUUAAAUUAUGUUCUUUUGAAUAACCCAAAGUCAGAGCAUAUGCACCAAUACUUUUUAUGACCAGCUCUGGUGAUGGUUAGCCAGUUGUUACAUUUUAUGGCUUAGGCCUGGUGUUGGAUCAAAGCCUACAAUAAAUGUUAUCCCAAUGUAUACAAAAAACAACUCAUAACCCUUAUACCAUGCCAACUCGUGAUUUGGCACGACAUCCACCCCCUACCUUACAACGUAAUCCAUGUGUGGACCAAGCUGGCCGACAUCACCACCAGUCCACCUCCUACCUUACAACAUAAUCAAUGUAUGGACCCAGCCUGAAUACACCACCGAUAGACCUGUGCAAUUCGUUUCGGGCAAUUCGGAUACUUCCGAAUGUCCAAAUAGAUGAAUUGCCGAAGUUCCGAAGCACAGUAUUGCCUAAGAACUAAUAUACUUACCGAGUGGAAGAAUGAAGAAUGUUACACUGUAUACAAUUUUUAAAUAAAAAGUAUUCAAACGUAGCCAGGAUUCAGCUGUAAGCAUUUGUAACACUUACAACAAUCAAGUAACAUUAGCCAGUCAAUGUAAUGACCGGAAUGAAUAAGUAGAUGGCUCCCUAAUACCGUUGGAAUUAGGGAGUUAUCUACUAAAAGGCUGAAAGACCUAAAUUGGUCUUUCAGCCAAAUUUACUAAUACUAAGUAAAGAUUACUCCAUAUUAGUAAAUUAUGCCCCUACUUGCUAUACCGCGAGUAGGGACAUGUCUAUUAAAAGUGAGCAGCCAUAGGUUGCUCACUGUUAAAAAAAAAAAAAAUAAAAAAAAAAUAAAAAAUUAUAAAUUUAAUUCGUCAAUCCUGAAUUUUGUCCGCAAACAAUUUUUUUUCUAGUAAAAUUCAUUUAAAAAAAUAAUUUAUUAUCGUCAAGUUGAACAAAAAUAGCACUGUGCAUGCGCAAAAAAAGCAAGCAUGGAGCCGGCAGCACCACAGCUCCCUCCUCACAAUAACCAUUCCUACCCCCACGCCGCUGCAUUAAAACCAGUCGGGGUCACUAUGACCCCUAUAUUAAUAAAAGGGAGGUUAAAUCCUCCCGCAUGUCCCUACUCACGGCUUGUCGCCUAAACAAAUUUAAAACUACUAGUGACUGGGCAGUCACUAGUGCAAUAAGGGGAGUCUGGCACAGGUUAAAUCCUGCUGCAUGCCCCUACCUGUGCCAGGUCCCCUUGUGUAGUCGGGGCAUGUCACCUAAACAGUGAGCGAGUGGGGAACACAAAUAACUCAAAUGGGGGGACAUCGUACCCCCCCACCUGUGACCUGUGAAAAAUAGUCACAGUGCAUACAAAAAUAUAGAUAAACAGAUUAUUUACACCAACAGAUAAAAACAAAAGGGAUCAAAUAACAGAAGUCCUAAAUCCCUUACUCAGGUUUUCAAAGUAAUACUUCUGCCCAGGGGAUCUCUGGCAAGGAGGAUGGUGACUUACUUCAAAAUUAGAUCUUGGACCCCAAGCAAGUACAAAGCAAAAUUCAGUUUCUUUAGAGAUAUAUUCUGUGGAUUAACACACCCCACCCAGAGGUAGAGUUGAGGCAUAUCUAUAGAGACACUAAGGGACCACUCCCUUGUGUCCAGACUCUGAUCAAUCCAAAUGGAAACAUUUGGCUCUAUCUUCUCUUAUGUACCUACCACAGAAAUAAUUGCAUCAAUGAAUUCGUUCUUUUUCCAUUCCAUAGAUAUGUUACAUGCCUUACUCGUGACCCAAUAUAACGGACAACACAAUGCCUUCCCAUGUGGUUACGUUAUGCCAUUCAUGUUUGGGCUUGUGUUAGAAGAUGUGGCUUCGUUAUUAUUCUGGGGGUACAUAUUAAAGUUUCUUUUGGAUAUGAUACUUAAACACAAGGCUAAUGAUCAUUAACACAUCAAAAAAAUCCCCUCAUCAAUGAAAAGGUACAGGCCAAAUAGGUGAAGCCAGACAUUCAGGCUUUUAAAAGUGUAGGGCACCCUGCAGAGCCUUGAUUAAUUCACAUCCAUAUGGUAAAAUCCAAAGAAUUUUCCCACGCUGUGUAAAAUGACACAAAGAACUCUGGUUGGAUUUCAAGCUAACCAAUCAGAGUGCUGUGACCGGUAACUGUAGAGACUCCAUUCCAAAUCCACAUAGCUCACUGUGUGUGUGUGUGUGUGUAUUCCAUUAAUAUCUAUAAUAAAACAUCCAAUUAAAAGACUGGAACAAUGAAUGUUACUGACAACCCACUGCUCUCUCUUCCAGUACAUGCCUGGGUUUGGCAACGAGUUUUCAUCUGAAGAUCCACGAUGUCCAGGGGCAUUACCUGAAGGACAGGUAAGUUUACUGCCCACAUACUGUUACUCAUAACCCCAUCUCCUUUCCAAGAUGUUUGGGUUUUCUAAAGGUAUUUCUUUGUGUUUUUUUUCUUAUAAGUAUAACAUAUAAGGAGGCCCACACUACAUACAUGUAUAUAAGUGGAUACAUUUUGCACAAUUUGUUCUGCAGUGUUUUGUUUUGUGUGUUUUUAUUUUUAUUAAAGACCUUAAAAUUACUCAAGAUAUGUUUAAAAUUCAAAAAGAAAUUCACGAGCAAUUGCUUAUAAAUGUUAAAGGACCACUCUAGGCACCCAGGCCACUUCAGCUUAAUGAAGUGGUCUGGGUGCCAGGUCCCUCUAGGAUUAAUCCAUUUUUUUAAAAACAUAGCAGUUUCAGAGAAACUGCUAUGUUUAUGUUAGGGUUAAUCCAGCCUCCAAAUCCUCUAGUGGCUGUCUCAUUGACAGCCGCUAGAGGCACUUGCGUGCUUCUCACUGUGAAAAUUACAGUGAGAACACGCAAGCGUCCAUAGGAAAGCAUUGUAAAUGCUUUCCUGUGAGACCGGCUGAAUGCGCGCGCGCAGCUUCUGCCGCGCAUUCAGCUGAAGAGGAGGAUCGGAGGCGGAGAGUAGGAGGAGAGCUCCCCGCCCGGCCCUGGAAUAAAGGUGAGUUUAACCCCUUUCCUCGCCAUCCAGCCCGGCGGGAGGGGGUCCUUUAGGGUGGGGGCACCCUCAGGGCACUAUAGUGCCAGGAAAACGAGUGUGUUUUCCUGGCACUAUAGUGGUCCUUUAAUAAAAAUAUCAUUAAAAUGAAACAUUCUAUUAGUUGGGUAACAGAGCAGACAAAAUGAUGACCAAUCAACUUAAAAAACUUAAUUCAAGGGACAGAAUAUUUAAGAUAUCUAUCUGAUGGGGACAAGGAAUAUACCAGCCCAGAAGAUAGGACGAAUGUUUAACAUUUUUUUUUUAUUCUAGAUUAUAUAAUAUCUCAGACCAGUUAAAAGAUAGAAAUCAAAUAAGAAAAUCUCUAUUCGGUUCUAAUUUAAAAUGAUUAUCUGAAGUACAAUCUCGCAGCCUGAAUGCCCCUAUUGGAUUUGAGGAAAUUUAUGAGAGCUCAGAAGCCUAAUAAGACACCUGGACCUGAUCAGUUCCCUGCAGCAUUCUAUUAAAAAAAUGGUGGAUACUAUAUGUCCAUACUUGACUGGGACAUUUAAUGCGAUCAGAGUAAUUGGUUCCCUUCCUUCUGAUGUGCUUCAGGCAUUUAUACUUCCUAUUUUAAAGAUCGGUAAAGAGGCGGUUAAGCUAUCAAAUUAUAGGCCUAUAAUACAGAGAGAGAUAGAUAGAGAUAUAUAUAUAUAUAUAUAUAUAUAUAUAUAUAUAUAUAUAUAUAUAUAUAUAUAUAUAUAUAUAUAUAUAUAUAUAUAUACGUCCAAUUCUCAUACAAAAAGAUCAGGUUGGAUUUGUUAAAGAUUGACAAUCCAACGAUAAUACAAGGAAAAUAAUGUUUACUGGAUUAUGUUAGUAUAAAUAAAGAUGGUAUUUUAUUAAUACUAUCACUUGACCCAGAGAAGGCUUUUGACAGUCAAUUGGACCUUUCUGUGGGAAGUUCUUUAUUGGCUCUGUCAUGGCUUUAUACACUAAUCCAACUGCCAGAGUAAUUGGACAAGCAAUAAGAUCAGAAUGGUUUGAAAUAGGGAAUGGCACACGACCAGUGUUCUAUAUCUUAACUCUUGAACCUUUUGCAGCAAGAAUUAGGAACAAUGUGGAAAACAAACUCUGUAUGUAUGCUAAUUUAUAUUUUUCUCUCUAUGAUCCUGAGAAUUCUUUGGCCUUGUUAAUGCUCGAAAUUCAAAAAUAUGCUUAUGUAGCAAAUUAUAAAAUAACUUGAAUAAAUCGCAGGUUAUGGAUAUAGCAAUAUCACACAUGGAAAGAUCUAGCUUAAGUAAAAAAUUUCAAUUCUGUUGGGGAAUCAAUGACCUUAAUUAUUUGAGCGUUAUAAUACCCAAAAUCAUAAGAACUAUUAUUUGAAAUUAAGUAUUCUAUACUUUUGGAAGAAACCAUUGGACAACUUCAAGAAUGGAAAGGACUUUUUAUAUCAUGGUUGGGAAGGAUAAACGUAAUUGGAGCAUAUAAUAUUCCGAAAUGGAUAUAUUUACUAAGAAUGAUUCCAUUAAAACCUUUAAGCUGGAUUAGAGCAUUUCAAAUAAAUUUAAAUACAUUUGUCUGAGCUGGUAAAAAACAAGAAUAAAUAACAAGAUUCUUUCUUCUAAUCGCAUGAAACGCAGGCUAAAUAUACCUAUUUUGGAACGAUAUGCAGAAGCUAGUAUGUUGUCACUUGUCUAAAUUCCAAUAUAACCAGAGUAAAGCUGAAAACUAGUGUUAUAUAGAAUAAGAAUUAGCAGGUAUUAGUAAUUUGGAAUAUAUACUAUAGUUACAUGAUGGAAAAAUUUUGAAAAACUUGGGGGGAAAAAAUCAAUUGGCAAUGAUAACUAGGAACUGUAUUGAAUUUUGGAUAGCCUUAAAAGUCGAAUAGGUUUGAAAGACAAGUUGUUGACGUCUGCUCCUCUAGAUACUUUCAAAUAUAAUAUCCCUCAUUUAAAUCUAUCUUACUGGGUAAAGUUUAAAAACUUUAGAGUGUGUGAUUUUUAUUUUUUUUUAAUUUAUUUAUUUUUUAACUGAAAGUGGAAUUAAAACUCCAACCCAAUUAAUAAAUGAAUAUGCAUUUUUGAAUUCACUAAAAAUAUGCAAUUCCUUAAACCCACAUUGUUGAUUAUACAAAAAAAGUAAGAAUAUUUCCUUAAUUAAGGCUUUUUGAAUUAUUUUGCCAUUAAGUAAAUGGUAUAGUACAUUAGAAAGUCUGGAAAAGCGGUCUAAACUAUAGUCAUUUUUGACCUGGCAAAAAGAAUUGGACACUCGUUAUGAUUCAGAACAAUGGAUGAGUAGUAUAUGUGGAGUGAGCAAGUUGACUCAUUGCCUAAACAUGGUCGAAUUGCAUUACAAAAUUAUGAUGCGGUGGUAUAUGGUCCCAGUUAGAUUAGCAAAAUUCAACACAGGGGUGAACCCAUUAUGUUGGAGAUGUAAUCAAACUGAAGGGACAUUUAGUCAUAUAUGGUGGAGUUGUAAAAUAAAAAUUUAUGAAAAUACAUCAGGCUUGGAUGGAUAUAUUUGGCUAUAAUGGCCAGGAAAUGCCGUUAACAUGAUGCUAUAAAACUUAAUAUGUAAUUAACCAAAUCCGACACCAGGUUCUUAUGGAAAAAGGCUAUUCCUCUGCACACCAACAUUAUGAAAAGUUUAAAACGAUCUGGCAAUCGUGGUUAUUAAAGUUUCCUAUCCGUUCAUGAUCCGCCUGUGGACAUAAAUUAUAAUAUAAUACACCGCUUUGAGGAUGAUCUGUUUUCCCAGUGGCGCACAAAUAUUUGUAAUAAUUGUAUUCGUACAAGUAUGUCUUGUUACUUUUUGUACAGAUUUUUGUUAAUUUUCAUUUAUAAUGAUUACGCUUAUGCCUAUGAUGAUAUGAAUAAUGCUAAAAUAUUGAUAAGUAAAAAUUGCUUGACAAAUCAGUCAAAAUAAAUAAAAAUUAAAGACCGAAAAGAAGAAGAAAAAAAUUCAGUUGAUUCAAUAAAGUGAGGUUUAUCCAAGCACACGGUGCUGCAAAAUCCUUUACGCUGAAACACAAAAUAGGCAUCUAUUGCAAUAAAAAAGGAAUUGAAACAAAAUGCUGACCAGGCACACUAUAUAUAUAUAUAUAUAUAUAUAUAUAUAUAUAUAUAUAUAUAUAUAUAUAUAUAUAUAUAUAUAUAUAUAUAUAUAUAUAUAUAUAUAUAUGAAGGCGGAGCCUGGAGUUGUGGGAGGGGUUGCAACCGGCCUAUAUAAACCCACUACUUACCUCCAUACCUUGCUGACAGUGCUUGGUCACUUCCUGUUGCUUGAGGUCAGCAUCAGAAUGAUUUCCACUUCCGGGUCAUCCAGACGCCAUUUUACCUGCUUACUCCAUGAGGUUUUCUAAGCUGAGCUGUGUCAGAAAUCCAGCCACAGGCUUUUCCGGCCUACCAGCUUUUUCUUCAAUCUAUCGCUGUGGAUGGUGUCCAAGUGGCUCACAAACCGUAAGUCGACCUACCCGUUACGCCAGGCAUCAGUUGCACGGGUCAGGUCCUCACUUUACGGCUGCAUUUUGUCUAAAUCUGUCCUAAAACCAUUGCAUGUUCAUGCAUAUCAUUCGUUUAAAUUCACUUUUUUAUAUCUGUCACUGGCUCAUUUUGAGCUUUAGCAUACUCCCAAACGGGAACACAUUCUGUUUCAAUUACCUAAACAUACUAGGCAAUUCUGUGCGUGCAUUUCAAAUCUCACUGCUCGUUUCGUUUGGUUUCCCUGACAUGCCAGGCUCACGGUUCGUGCAAUUUACUACCAAACGGGAACUAGUUCAUGCAUUUACUACUGUACUACACACACGUUUUGUGCGUUUACAACCCACUAACGGAACUUUGGUUUGCUACAAUGACUGUUAUUAAGCUAUUAUGUUCACAUAUUGUAUAUUGUCAAACGGGCACUGUUUGUUUCCCUGUCAUACAACUAUAAUGCUGGGGCAUAGCUCACGAACAAUGUUUCAUGUAAACCACACUGACCCCUACAGGUCACUCUCAAAAUCUCAUGUUAACCUUGCAUUUGGAUUAACCCCUUAAGGACCAAACUCUGGAAUAAAAGGGAUUCAUGUAUCCUGAAGGGGGUUAAAGGGUAUUUUACCAUACAAUCAGCAUUUCUGACCCUACUGGUCAACAUCAAAACUGUCUUCAUAUGUCAUAUACAAUUACUAGCCAAUAUCAAUUACACAUAAGAUUGUUUUAAACCUAACCAUAAAUUAAACUCCAGCACUGGCUCAACAAUUUGUCUUUCACAUCAAGACUAACAGUGGUUCUAUCAACACUGCCACCUACAGGUCUGUCAAGUACAUUGACAAUUUUCAUGGGGUUUUACAGACACCAAAAACACUGACCCCUAUAGGUCAACAGAUAAACAACAUUUCACAUACCAAUCAGCAUCAACUACACUACCACCUAUAGGGCACUCGGCAGUUCUCCAGUACACUUGCAUUUUGCAACACCAUGUUCACUGACCCCUACCAUUCAAUAAGGCAUACAACAAUUCACAGAGCAAGUAGUAUAAAUACACAUAUUAUUACAAAGUAGCACACGCAUCUGUAUAUACGUAACGGGUAAUAUAGUUCACAUACAUUUUUCAUAGCACGCUGCUCACACAACAGACUUUCCCCUAGCAAUGGGACAUACAACAUCCAAGGUGGGAACAGACCACUUUUCACUUGUACAUACGGCACUUAAUGGGUUAAGAUUGAUACAUAUUUAACCAGUAUGGCUAUGAUGAUUAAUAUUUACAUGUCACGGCACUUUACUUUUCACAUAUACUGUAUGUUUUAAGAUAAGCUUGGUCUAUGCCAUUUUCCUUAUGCCAUACGAUUUUAUCCAUUCAGGUUACAGUUACUACUAAAAAACCUAUACGGAUUGUCAGGUUCAAUACCAUACUACCAGGUACGUACACCUGCUCACGUAGUUAUCCAUCUCUUACCUUCCCUGGAAUAGUAAUAGUGUACUGGCAAUUAGGGUUCUAGGGCCCAAUAGGUAUUACCCCCUUUUUUCUCUGCUUUAUGCUUCGGUUAGUGGUCCCGCGAGGCCAACAACCCGCCUCACACACGGAGGCAUACAUCCCUCGGGCCACUCGUGAACUAGCCGCCUCGCAUUGUAUCAUAGAGAGGGCCUCACCUGUCACUCCCCUUCCUAUUUUUCUGGUUACUGUCACCGAGAGGCCAACAUCCUGCCACAACGUUCGGUGGCCACAAAAAAUCCCCUCGCGCCAAGCAUAGAUAGAGCCUCUCAAGCCACUUGGCAACUAGCAGGGCCUCACCAGUCACCAAAAAACACCAAGCCUAAUCGUUUCGCCUUACGGCUUAGCUAGCAAGCCAGUACAAGAGCCCUGGGUACAAAUAUAUAAUUGCAAUCUUUAUUGUUAUUUAAGUAUUUCCCAAAAAGAUGGUAAAGAAUCUCCUCUUCCUAGCACCCCGGCUAGAAGUGAUACACUUUCAUCUCUUACCUUCCCUGGAAUAGUAGUAAUGUAAUGGCAAUUAGGGUUUUAUGGCCCAAUAGGUAUUACCCCCUGUUUUCUCUGCUUUACGCUUCAUUUAGUGGUCCCACGAGGCCAACACCCCGCCUCACACUCUGAGGCAUACACCCCUCGGGCCACUCGUGAGCUAGCCGUCUCGCAUUGUAUCAUAAUGAGGGCGUCACCUGUCACUCCCCUUCCCCUUGAUACACCUUCAAGCAGAGGAGAUGUGGCUCCAACCUAAGGAGGCGACAAAUCCCCUACCCUGCCACAGCAACGAACGCAGCGUUAUUCAAACUCCUCCAUACAUUAACGGAUAAAACGGAGACAGGGGAAGGCCCAGCAACACCAACUAAGGUGAAACCUAGGCCAUGCUAGCCUCACUCAAACUCAUGAGCCAAAAAAUUUACGACAGACGAAAUUCGGUUACCGGGUACAAUCAAUUCUUGGUACAAGACGUUAACCCUGCACAUAUGAUCCCGGUACAUUGGGGAAACAAGGCAUAAAUAUGUAUGAUGCUGUAUCUAUGAUGGUCAGACCCAGAGAUUCCAGGUAAAUCGGGAACAGACCAUCCCUUGGUUGUGUUGGCAUUUUGAAUAUGUAGAGAUGCUUAUUUGUGCAGGUACCCAUACAGAAGGGAUUUUCUCCCAAACAAAUGGACGAGCACUCUCAGGCUCCAGGUACCAGCACCUCUGAACUACCAGAGACAAUUGGUAUGAGUCGUUGCAUUGCAUAUAGAAUGUUGCAUAUACGUUCAAAUCAUUCAGGGCACAUGACAAACCAUGUGUCCCAAUACAACUUACAAAUAACGUACUCACCAUCUGUACACACCAAUCCAUUUUCAACACUACUAACUCAUCACCCUUCCAGACUUGUAGUAGAUUUACUAAAGCUCCGGAGCUUCAAAGGGCUCCCAUACAGGUAUCAUACAUACACCUUCAAGGAAUAUAGCAUGUCCUCACUUACAGUCAGCACACAGAACCAUCGGCUGUAAACACACUCAUAGCCAAGAAUAACAGAGGGGUUUUUACUUGGGUUUUCCAAUCUCCACCAUUUACAGCAUGGCGCCAAACACAAACACAUUGGUAUUGUCACAAGGGAAUCUUCCCUUAAACAAAGACUAACCAUAGACUUAUUGGCACCACACACCUUCGCUACCCCAAGUCUCAACUCCCUCAUACCCUCCGAAGAGUUUCCUUACUAUACACACCAUUGAUCUACCUUUACAGCUAUCACUCAAGCAUGGGUUGAAGCUUGGUUAAGUAAGACCAAUAUCAUCAACACAGUAAAUGGCUACCAUCUACCCUACACACUGGCACUUACAUGGCAUAAAAAUAGGCAAUUCUUUCCCCACUAAAAGCAGCUCCUGUGGAAUGGGGUAAAUCAUGGUCAGGGUCAUCAAUCCAUUGUUACUCAGACAACUAAGCACAUGGCAUAUCAUCAACAACUUCGCCAUGAGACGAGCUUUCAUCUCACGUCUACUCGGUUUGUUACCCAACUUACCCAACAACAACAGCAGGGUUACACUGAACAUUCAGGCUAGGGCGCAUCUGACCAGCUGGUACCAUUUCCUGUCGGACUGGAAUGGGAGAAACUUGUUCAUACCACCGUUGACAUUAAACUCCCCUGUGUUAUGGACGGAUGCUGCAGGUUACGCAGGUUUCACAGCCAUCUUCGAAGACAGGUGGUUGAGGGACGCUUGGCCUAGCAAAGCACUAGGAUUACCCGCUUUCACAAAGACUUCGGCACUGUUUGAGAUCUACCCCAUAGUGGCAGCAGCUAAAGUCUGGGGCCACUUAUGGGGAGGCAAAGCUGUCAAAUGCUACUCUGACCACAUGGCGGCUUGCGAGAUUCUGAACAAAGGCAGGUCUUCUUCACUAACCAUCAUGAACCUGGUCAGGAGACUCACAUGGUUGGCAGCCACACAAAAAAUUUUUUUUUUUCCUGACUUGCAUACACGUGCCAGGUCACCAUAAUUCAGCAGCUGACACACUAUCCUGUUCAAAAUUACAGGUUUUCAGACAGCUACACCCAACAGCAGAGGAACAUCCAAGAAAGGCGCCGCUGUUCAGAGACCUCAUCCUGGACUAAAAUUACUCAUGGAGCACGGGAGGGCACUAGCACAGGCCUCACUUUCCCCAAACACCAGACGCAUGUACAACCGAGCCUUAAUGUUAUUCAACAAAUUUGUUUCAGAAUACAUCAUUACGAAUCCUUAUAGGUUAGAUACUAUGGUGGCUUUCACCUCUUUUUGCCAUCUCAACUUGAAACUGGCACACAACACCAUAAAACUCUAUUUAACUGGAAUACAGCAUCAUGUAAGCAACACAUAUUCCAGUAUAAAAAACUUCCUAUCAGCACACCCCAUUAAAAUAUGCUAAAAGGCAUCCAACGCCUAGAAAACCCAAAACCUACUAGAUGGCUACCAAUUGACGCAGAGAAAUUCAGGGCAUUGUCUGACAUGUUAGAUACCAAACCCUUGGAUAAUCACACCAAUAACACACUCAAAACAGCCAUAUACCUGGCAUUUUAUGCGUCCCAACGAACUCACCUUAAGCAACAUCAACAAUAAGGGAAAUAUACUGUGUGUGUCACACAUAAACAUAAUAGGUGAUCACUACACAUUGACAUUAAGACAUUCAAACGAAUCAAAUGGGUCCGCACCUUGACAUUCAAUUUUACCCAACCGGCAAUCAUUGGUGCCCCGUACAACUAUUCGACAAAUACAUGGCAGGUAUGGCUUAUCAACCCAAACAAGCUCCUCUCCUCACAAUACACAGUCAACCCCUGACUACAUCAAAAUUCGUCAAAUACGUGAGAUUAUUAUGUACAAGAAUCGGGUACGAUCCCACGGCAUAUACAGGCCACUCCUUUCGUAUCGGAGCGGCAACAUCAACCUCCAGCCAAAACGUACCAGUUCAUAUUACCGUUACAUACCUCAACCUGAGAAAGAGUUGAGACAAGCUUUUAAACAAUUGGCAAAGUAGGGAAGCUCGGGUAAUAAUGUAUGUGUAUACGUAUUAAGUGUGGAACUGAUACUUCUCUUUUGCCCUCUUUAUUUACAGGCUGACCCGUUCGUCGGUUUCGGCACACUACAACCGACUUAGUAUAGUAGACUAAUGAUUAGAGGUAUAGGUCCACAUAAAUACGGCCUUCUUCCCUGACCACAAAUGGGAAGGCGGAGCCUGGAGUUGUGGGAGGGGUUGCAACCGGCCUAUAUAAACCCACUACUUACCUCCAUACCUUGCUGACAGUGCUUGGUCACUUCCUGUUGCCCCACCCACCACUCCACAAAAGGAAUCAAUUAAUUGGUUGGCCCUCUUUAUUUACAGGCUGACCCGUUCGUCGGUUUCGGCACACUACAACCGACUUAGUAUAGUAGACUAAUGAUUAGAGGUAUAGGUCCACAUAAAUACGGCCUUCUUCCCUGACCACAAAUAUAUAUAUAUCUAUAUAUCUAUAUAUAUCUAUAUCUCUAUCUAUCUCUAUCCAACAACUUCUAUAUCCUUUACAGGUACUCCAUCAUAGACUGACUACAGAGCAAGAGAUGCAGAAUUGAAAAGGAAAGGACACACUUUGCCCAUUGACCCUUAGAAUACGAACAACCUUAAAAACAAAGACAAAUUCCUUUUAUUUGGGGUGGCUGGGGGGCGAUACUACAUGAUAAUAGGCCGGUUAUAUACGGUAAAAAUGCUUUAAUGUUAGGAUGUGUGCAUACAUUGGUGUACACCCAUGAGAUAUAGUUUGACAGUAUUGUAUGCUAAUUUAAGAGAGAUGUGGCAAAUAAAAAUGAAAGCCACCUGUGAAGAAAUCCCUCUUUAUGUGUACUAUUUCUUCCAUAUUCAUUCAGUAGAUAUAACUACCGAACAGAGACCACCCCCUGGCUCGUUAAACUUAAAAGAAUGCUUCAAUUGAACCCUCUAUCUGUGCAGCCAGCGUUCAUACUAACGAACGCCACAUGGCUGAGAAAACGGCGGCCAUCUUUUUUUUCAGGCGAACAAAGGCAGCGGGACUUGGUCAUCAAGUGUCUGGAACUAAAAUCGGACACUCGACUUCCCGAACACCGGUCUCAACAAGCGAACGCUGGAUCUCUAUUUCCCGAAUAGCUGGAAGAGCGCUAUUCGGUACUUUUGUGCAUUCGAAUGAGGGGAACAAUCGCUGCUAAGAGCCAGGGGAAUCCAUUUGUGGAAUUAUUCGGUUUUUACCACUUAACUGAAUAGACCACCCAAACUCCUGGAACUAUUUUGGGCAGCCACCUCGCGGUUAGCCGGUCACAAAGGACUUCCACACUUUUUGCAAACCCCUGAACCGAUAUGGGUGAAAUUUGAAUAUGUUGGUCACCCAGAUCAGGGCUAUCAGGAGACAUAUUAUUUGUGGGGAUACCCCAUGUCUAAAGGGUUGUUCUGAAUAUUGGGGAAAAUUGUGACUUCUGCCUGGAGAUAAUCAAAUUAUUACUCUAUCAGACUUGAUUAUCUCCAGGACUAGGGGAGGGAGUUGUGUGUUUUACUGUUUUCCUGUAACCGAUUGGUUAUACAUUGUCCCUCCCUGUGGGAUCUCCUCUUGCAUGGGGACUUGCAUAAAAGCCUGUGUGUGGUCAUUAAAAGCCAGUUCUGUUGUACCCUUCUUCUUGACUUCGGCUGAUGUUUGGGGAUUCGUAUGCUUUAUUAAGGGAAUAAUCUUGUAACGCUAUCUGUAUUCGUAUGGAUUUCGUCUAUUCCAUCUACCGAACAGAGAGCUAUACUCCCUGAUGCUCUGGCGGUUCGGGAGGAAACUACCAAAUGAGGAUUGGAUAUACUAGGUUUCCUUACACCACCAGUCUCCAUAGAGAACUUAUCAAUUUUAUGCGGAAGGCAGUGACCAAUCUAUUGACUAUUGUAGUAGCUCUAUCGUAGGAUCUAGUAGUAUUUGCUAAUGACCUGCCAUGCUAUAACAGAAAAUUAAAUCAAUGAUCAGGUCUGGGACCUCUGGGGCUCUGUGGCUUGACUGUUCCCUGUGGGAAGUAACCUGAAUUCCUACAUUAGACUGUUUGGUAUAUACUAGAAUGGUUUGUCUGAGGACUGCAGAGUGAAUCUAGAAACCAUAAUCUGCCUGAAAUUUGUAUUGGAGCAAUAAAAGCAUACCUGAAAGAAGUAGUAGUAGUAGUAGUAGUAGUAAUAAUUAAUAAUAAAAGGUUUUAUUGACCAUGCAGAAUAGAUAGUCCUAAAACAAUUGGAUUUAAAAGUGUACUAACCUAUGCGUAUGUGAGUUUCCCUCCAAAAUACCAAAGUGUGUGUGUCUCUGGAUAUAACAAUAUGUGAACAAUUGGCAAUAUAGUACAGGGAAAAUAACCUAGAUGGUAAGCCCAUACAUACAUCCAGUUCUAGAACUCUUACACCCUCUACCCAUUGUCUUUUAAACCGUAUGUAUUAUCAUAUUAAUUGAGAAGUAAAGGAUAGAGAACUGGUGAAUUUCCAAACCACCCAAUAAUUAGUUAAAUGUUAAAUAUCCACCCUCGCUACACUUAUAAAUUAAAGUAAAUUACCAGGUAUGUUGCUGGCAGUGCCUUCAAACUCACAAUGUUUUAUUUUAUUUUUUUUUUAAAGGACCACUCUAGGCACCCAGACCACUUCAGCUUAAUGAAGUGGUCUGGGUGCCAGGUCCAGCUAGGGUUAACCCAUUUCUUCAUAAACAUAGCAGUUUCAGAGAAACUGCUAUGUUUAUGAAUGGGUUAAGCCUUCCCCCUAAUCUUCUAGUGGCUGUCUCAUUGACAGCCACUAGAGGCGCUUGCGUGCUUCUCACUGUGAUUUUCACAGUGAGAGCACGCCUGCGUCCAUAGUAAAGCAUUGUAAAUGCUUUCCUAUGCGACGGGCUGAAUGCGCGCGCAGCUCUUGCCGCGCGUGCGCAUUCAGCCCAGGAGGAGGAAGGGAGGAGGAUCGGAGGAGGAUAGCUCCCCGCCCAGCGCUGGAAAAAGGUAAGUUUUUAACCCUUUCCCCCUUCCAGAGCCGGGCGGGAGGGGGACCCUGAGGGUGGGGGCACCCUCAGGGCACUAUAGUGCCAGGAAAACGAGCGUUUUCCUGGCACUAUAGUGGUCCUUUAAUAUUGCAAAGCCUUCAAUAUUCUUUCCAACCACUAGAUGGCAUCCACAUUUUUUUGCAAUUCAGAUUUUAAGAAUUUUUGAGGUGGGCACUUAAAGCACCAAAACCACUCCAUCUAGAGUCUGUCAAUGCAGUCUUUAAAAGUACAAGCUUAGCCAUUUGUGAUAAAUCUCUAGUGGCUGUCAGUCAGGUCCUAAUGAAGUUGUUCAAUAACUGAAUGUCUUCACAUUCCGCAUCACUGUGUCUGUCGUGAAGUCACUGACAAGUCUUCACAUAGACCAGGGGGGCUAAUUCCUAAAUAAUAUAGUAAUCAUGUUUUAUCUAUUGGCCCACGGUGGAUGGUUUGUGUAUAUUCAUUUUUGAUACUGCACAUUGUGUUGCACCAUAACAUUCACACUGGAAUAAAAGGGGAAACUGAAUAAAAAUCUAAUAUUAUAAUAUUUUUUUGAGUGUAUUCCAGUGUCUGACACCAGUAAGAUAUCAUCCAUUCAGUUGUACUUUCGGGAUAUAGAGUUACUUGUAAUACUUUUUAAAUAAAUCUAAAAUUACGAUCUGUAUGUUGCAUAUUAAUUUCUAUUUAUGGAGAAGGUGUCUAUGUUUUGUCCUCAAUGCAUUGGUUUGUGGUGAGCCGGUGCCUGGAUCUCAUUUAAAUUCCUAUUUAUUCUUGUUCUACAUAGAACAAUCCUCAGGUGUGUCCAUACGGUCUGUACGCGGAACAGUUAUCUGGAUCAGCCUUUACCUGUCCUCGAUCUUCUAACAAGCGAAGGUACAAUUAUCUUUUUAUUGGAUUUGGUUUAUAAUGACUAUCCCGCUAUGCGAUUAAUAAAUGUCAAUGACUUUGUACCCUCAGCGACUCGCAGUACAAGAGUCAAUUCUAAGUGCUAACCCAUACAUUUAAAGCACUGAACAAUUCUAGCUCCUCAUAUCUCUUCACUGAUCCAUGGGUAUGCCCAUCCUCGUUCCCUCCACUCUGCCUGUGACCACCUCCUGACCGCUGCUUGCACCCGUACGGCCAACUCGCGCUUGCAGGACCUCUCGCAGGCGGCGCCUUUCCUAUGGAAUAGACUGCCUACUGCCAUAAGACUCUCCCCAAGUCUUCAAUCAUUUAAGAAGGGCCUUAAAACCCAUCUCUUCAAUAAAGCUUAUGGCCUCCCAGAGUAAUCUCUACCUUGCAUAUCUGUCUCUUGCUCUCUCCUAUAUGACAGUGCUUUACUCUCUCCUCCAGCUCUGCUUCACUCCCACCCUAUUUGAUAUUUCCUGUCCUAACGUUUCUAAUACCUCAUCUCCUAUAGUCUGUAAGCUCGUUUGAGCAGGGUCCUCUUGAACCUAUUGUUCCUGUAAGUUUUCUUGUAAUUGUCCUAUUUAUAGUUACAUCCCCCCUCAUAAUAUUGUAAAGCACUACGGAAUCUGUUGGCGCUAUAUAAAUGGCAAUAAUAACUGUGCCGAAUGUGCCAGUCAUACCUUCACGCAGAGCCUCCCUCUUCACUUUUGUGUUUAGCUUUUUCUCUCUUUAAAGGAACACUCAAGCUUGUAAAUAAUAACUUAAACACAAAGUAACAUCUUUUAAACCCUGCCACCUUACAGCACCAGGACAGUCUCAUUGGGGCAGUCGCAGAACACUAUUCCUAUGUGGUUUUAUCUUGUAUAUCAGGAGAUAAGGCACGUCGUCAUAACUGCAAACUUUAUUUACAAUGGCUGACACCCAUACACUCAAUGCAAGAGCCAGUUCCUGUCCUAUAGUCCAAUAUUUGUUUUGUGUUUGGGGGCGGGACUGUUCUGGGCAUCAUUCGACAAGUUCAUGCUCUGCAGCGGGUACUAGGACCAUGCACAGAUAGCAUUAGCCACAUUCUGUAUGUGGUCCUGUAGGUUAGGGGCAAAAAGACAUGUCAGUGGUUUUAGUUGGCAGGCCUGCCUUUUCUUCAACCCUUCCCCCCCCCACCCCCCCCACCUCAAUGUUGGAAGGUAUGCAUCAAUGAGAAGCAGUAACUGUGUUAUUCAUGUUGUAUUUCUUUAGGUGAGAUCAGUGUUCACUGUUGACACACUGUAUGUCACUGAUAGUUUUCAUUCUGUUUACAGAUUAAUACCAUUUAAUCUCCUGUUACAAGGGGAGCUCAGUGAGUGAAAAGAAAGUGAGAAAUGAGCAUGACUGGGUGAUAACUUAAAUGGCUAGUUGGACAUCUCCAGCUCAUUGGUCAGCACAGAGGUGGCAGAGAUUGUGGAAAAGCUAGACCUAAUCCUUUCCCGAGAAGAUAAUCAAGACUUUAAAUAUAUUAUGGGCUUUGGAUGUGAUGUAAUGCCCAUAUUUACUCCAUACUGUAGUUUUUUUUUUUUUUUUUUUAAAUGUCCACUUAGCCUGGAGUUCUGCUCCUUUAUCUAACCUUGUUUUUCCCUUGUUCUGUAGCUGGCUGUAUCGUAUUUUGCCAUCUGUUCGUCACAAACCAUUUCAAGCCUUUGAGCAGAAAAAUCUGACCCAAAACUGGGAUGAGGUGGAACCGGACCCCAACCAAGUAAUUCGUUUUGUGACGGCAUAUUCAGUGGGGAAGAAGGAUGGGAAUUAAUAAAACUACUCACUGUCUGGUUUUAGCAAAGGCCACAAUAAUGGCUCCAACCUUACAUAGCAUCCAGUGUUAAUUUGUGCAUCUAAAAAUAAUAAUCUAGAAGGCACUACCGUAAAUGUGGUAUCCAUAGAAGAUGUAGGUGCAGGAUUGGUUCCACCAAAACACACACAAAUCUAACCCACACACUGUUUAAAUUGCAAUAUAUUUAUUCUUUAUAAAAUGUAGGGGAAAAGGUUUCCCCCUAAAUCAGUCGCUUUGAUGUUGAUGCAACUGAUUUUACUGGCUGUUUGUCAAGCAUUUUUUUUCUAAAGAAUAAACACUGUAGUUUUCAAUAUUUAACAUGAGAAUGCGGGCUCAAUUUAGUGUUUUUAUUGCAGGAUAUAAAAACAUCUUGUGCAGUUACAACUAAACUUUGCAUACAUCCGCAGCUACUAGACUAGCAGCGAGGGACAUGACAUAGACAUGCACAAGGGAUGUGCAAUCACUUUGGGAUGGCAUAAUUUUCAAUUUCUUUAACAAAAAACUGAAUAAAAUUUCAAUAGCUGCUGGCCAUUCUAUAAAAACUGUGAUGCGUUCCCCAAUAAAAUAGUCUGUGCACAUUUAAUGGGUCAGAGGUGUUCAGUAUAUAGUCAGAUUCUGCACGUAAUGAUAGAACGUUUGGCAAACAUUUCAUCAUAAAAUGUAUUUUCUCCUGGUCUGUGGCGUUUCUGGGACUAGUGUUUCUCCCACAAUAGAGUCUUGUUUCAGUAAAUGUUGUAAUCUCUUUAUGUCCUCUUUGCAGCUCAGAUGGAAGCCAUUUGAGAUUCCCCGCGCUGAUGAGAAGAAGCUCGACUUUGUAACGGUAUGUGUCUGGUUCCCCUUGAUAUUAUAUUUUACUGUUUCUUUCUUGCUCCAUCUCUGAUUGGUGGGGCUGGAAUCUACUUUAAUGGCAUAAUGAGUCCCAUCAUAAAACUUUUAUAGUAAUUUACCUUCGGCUUCCCUCCUGUUGGGGCCUCAAGAUCCAGGGUUUAGAAUGGCCUGAGGGUUAGGUAAUGCAGGUUGGAGAAUUUUUUAGUUUUCUGACACUCAUUCUGGAUUUUUUUUUAAUCUUUUUGACCAAGCCCCUGGUAGGUACACUGUCUGAUUCUCCGUCAUCCCAUUUAUAACAUUUAAUUCGAAUAUUUUUUUUUGCUCAAAAAUAGGCUCCAGAACCCUUGACAUGAGAUCCUUUAUGUAGGAAUGGUUGGGGUUAUACAAUGGCCAAUAUUAUUUAGUCACUGUAUAACCCACCCUAACAUAAGUGAGGAGAUCUAGUCAGGGCUGGUAUGUGUCCACCCCCUUAUGAGCUGGUUGGCUGAUUUGUUCUAUAUUCACAUACAGUGUGUCUCUCGUUUCCCAUUAUGUCUUAAUUUCAGGGAUUGCACACACUCUGUGGAGCUGGAGAUGCUCGCUCACGCAAUGGGAUCGCCAUCCAUAUUUACACAUGCAAUACCUCUAUGAUUAACAGGUAAACAUGACUAACCAGUUACAAUGACUGACAGGAUAUCAAAUGCUUUUUGUUUUUCCUUUCACCCCAUUAGAAGCCUGAGACAGGACUGGAACCAAUAACCCCAAUUUAGAAGCAUUUUAAUCCUGCCAACCUGAGCCCUGCAAAAUUAUCUGUGUCAAUAUGUAUCAUUAAAGGGACAGAACAGCCAAUUACAAAAUGUAUGUGUAUUUAAUCAGUUUGGGCCUCAUAUUCAUGGUGUAUUUAUUUGCUUAACACCACAAAAAAAGAACAGGAGCUUUGAAAUGAGAUUUCUAAUGUGGCUUAUUUGACCUAAAACUUUGCAUAUUAGUUGUCGGUUCAAUAUUAAUAAGCUCCAGUAAAAAUGUCACAGAAAUAAGCCCUGCCACCAAACCCCCACUCCUCUUGGGUGCAGCAAUAGCUAUAGUAUGUAUCAGCCCAAAUCUAUAAACUAAACCAAUAUAAAACAUUCUCUGCUCUUUGUCUCAAAUUCCUGUCGCCUUCUAUAACAGGUUUUUAGUACCACUGCAAUGUCCAUGGCAAUUAAUGUGUUUAAACCAUCUCUCCCGUAUUCACUUUCUGCCUCUAGGUGUUUUUAUAACUCUGAUGGGGAUUUUCUGAUUGGUGAGUUACUUUUAAUUAGCAUUUCUUUAAAACCUUGUUCUAAGAACAUAAAAUAUAGCACUUUAUGGUUAAUUGUCCCAAACUUUGCAUCUCAUAAAGAGUAAAUAUUUAUCAACUGCUCAUAAAGACCGGUAUAAUUUAAACACAGUCUAAAGAUAUCCUAAGACAAAGUAGUAAUUUAUUUUUCUUAUCCAUGACAAAAUGGCAGAGCCUCCAUCCAUCAUUAGUUCAUUUCAAAAGGGAGGGGGGGGGGAGGAGGGGAGAGAGAGGCUCCUGCAGUCUCUUCCAGAGAUGUGUUGUACUUUCAGGAGUACAGCACAGACAUAGGGUUCAGGAAAGGCCUCAGAAGGUAACAGUUCCACUUUAAACCAGGAUACUCAAAGUGUACUUGCUGUUACUGUUUUUCUUAUAGAUGAGGAAGUCCAGUCAGUCACAGUCAAACUCCAGAGAGUGCCUCUGGUAGACUGGCACUAGAGGCAGGUUUAACCCCACAAUGUAAACAGUGCAGUUUCUCUGAAUGGCUAAAAUGACAAGGACACUGCGGUGAGAUGAAGUAGUCUGGGUGUCCCUUUAAAUACAAAUGUCUUGACAUAUGUCAUCAGUUGGAAAAAAAAAUAUCCUUGUUAAUUAAAUGGAGCAGCUGAUAUUUAUUUUCUUGCUCUACUGCUUAGAGCUGCCAGGUACCAAUUUGAGUCACUAUUCUGACUCUUAUUACUAUGUAUCUGAUACAGCAGUCUGUUUAUCUCCCUCUAGUGUAUAUUGACUAUUAUAGUGGUCUGUAUUAGAUUACAGUGACAGUGGGUGAGCAUAUAAUCAUAGCUUUAAUAUCUUGCUUAAUUCUUACUUUACUGACAUCUCAGCAAAAAAACAAACCCCAAAACAUUCUUACAAACAUAACAAUUCAGUAUGAGGCGGAUGUUCUAUAACUGACAAAGGCUUUUGAUGUAGCCGUGAAACCUGAGGAAUGUGGAGUUGAACAAAACACAAGUAACCAGAACAAGAGCUCUUUUCCAUUUCAAGAAGAAGUUGGUGGAAAGAAGGAUCAAACUGCAAAGACAAAGGAAAAAAAUAGAUGAGAUUAUAUUCAUAAUGGACUGGCGUCAUAUCCUGUAUUUAAAAAAAAAAAAAAAGUUAAAUAUGAACAGUGAGAUGGAACAUAUUUGAAAGACAAAAAAAAAAAUACCAUAGCACAAAGAGAAAUCCUGAAGAAAGACUGAUGGAGUUAAGGAAAAAUAUCAAUUUUCUGUCUUAAAGGGUUACUACCUACCAAAAAAAGCAAGGCAACGUUCUCCCAGCCGCGAUCCUUCUCUGCGGAUAUGUGAAGGUGGAAUGAGGGAAGGACAUGGGUGAGACAGAGGCAGCUCCAUGUCUCCAUUGGACACCUGCCAGCAGUAUGCUGAUCUUAACUAUAAAAUGACUUGUCAGCCACCCAGAACUCUUGCUCUGGGCUGGCUAAUGACUAUGCCAGAAGUGGAUUUACACUUAUGCCAAUUGAGAGGUUUCACUUUGUAGGUUCAAAGUUUAGUAGUGAAACGCGGCACAUACAGACACCAGGAAUCAUGACCACUGCAAAUUCGUGUUGCUUGGAUCAACCCUUUAAAAUUAUAACUAUACUAUAACAUCACCAACGCUAAAAUAGAUUUGCAAAACCUGACUUAUCCUUGCACUAAAAUUGCAGAUCAAUGCUCCAAUAAACGAGUUCUAAAAGCGAAAAUGACCCAGGCCAAUGCAAUGAGCCAAUGAACCCAUCAGGCACAGUGAAAACAGUCAGUCAAAGAGGUGGAGCAUAGGCAAUAUAAAGUUGACUUUCAUCCAAAGAACAGAGCACUAGUGCGAGAGAGAUGAUGUUGCACACAGUAAGGGACAGCUGGAAAAAGGGGAUAGGGCAAAUUGUAAUAAAGUCUACAUAUGUCAAGAUCAUGUGCGCAAAGAACAGUUUGCCAGUACAUAAGUAUAUGCAAGUUCCCAAACAAUGGAAAACAGAAAAAAAAUCAACAUAAAAUAAAGAAAAUUAUUUUCUCUUGCUGAUUCAUAGUACCAGGAAGAGAGACCUAAUUUCCAUUAAAGAGACCCUUCAAACAGCUAACACAUGCUGAAGUGCUUUAAGAUGGUUUAGGAGCCCCCCCCCUCCCCUUAGUCAUGUUAUAUCAAAGUGCUUAUUUCAGGGGAGCAGGGCCUGACUCGCAAGAUAGCCACACAUGUCUGCUAAUGGCUCAGUCUUUCAGCCUCAUGACAACUGACUAAAUCCUCUCCAAACGAUUCAGAAACCAUUUUAUUUAGCUGCAGACCGAUACUAUCAGAGCAUGCAGUAGCCUGAACGACUUUACAAACCUGACUUGGCUAAGAGGCCUAGUGUGACCAGCAACUAGGCGAAGAGGCUGAUCCCUGACCAGUGGGGGGUAUCCUGGAUCCUGCAAAAGCACCAACCUAUUUGGAGUUACACAAACUGAAUAUUUGAGCGGCUGUAACACACUCUGCCACUGGGCAGCAAGGCUUGUGAUGAUGAUGACGACGGGCCCAAAGUGGAAACUCCUGCAAACAGAAAGCACCACAAUCUACUUUGAGAGGCUCUACAAAAGUGCAGAAGAAUCAGAGGCAAAAGAAGGUGCCGGGAAAACCUAUACACACACACUCCAAAAGCCUGGCUCCAAAGCGGGUUCUUACUAACAGACCAUGAUGACCCAGCCUAAGCUGCAGACUUAUCAAUCUUGCCACACAAGCAUCCCACAAUGCAUUCACAGCUCCCCAUACCUUUCCUGGGCUGGGGGCCCGCUUGGAUAACUCUUCAAACCACAAUCAAUGCACCCAUGGGGUAAUCUACAACAAGGGGAACCAGUGGGACCGCAAUCCUGCUUCUUGGCAUAGAAGGCAUUGGCUCCCAGUUACAUUUUUUUUGAACUCAGUGGAAUUUUAAAUCCUCAACUUUCCAUUAAAACCAACCAAAGGGACAGAAAUCACUCUUAUCAACUAUGUCCACAAGCCUCUUUUUUUUUUUUUCCCUGCAGCACCCCCAGAGCCAGAAAUGCAUAACUUUUUUUUUUUUUUUUGGGUUAAACUUAAUUCAAUCCUCAAGACUUCUCCCUUUAGUGAAUAACCCUGUAGAAUACAAAGUGCAUUCAAAGUGAAUUUCAAAUUAAAGGCCAAAAUAGCCGAGCUGAAAGCACAGAUUAGAGUGUCUCCGGUUCAGCAAUUUUUACCUUCAAUUUGAAUUCUCAUUUAAGUAAAUAAUCCCGUUUUGUUUAGUAUUUGAAUUCUAUGUUUUGCUUCUCUUCAAUAUACAGGUAUUGCAAGGAUUAGAGAUUUUAAAGUCUCAUGUCAUUUAUUAUUAUAUAGGUUUUAGAAAUAAUAUUGGAGGUUUCAUUUGAAGAACACCAUGAAGCAUGUCAUCGACAGUAUUUACCAUUGUAAACUAACAUUCUCCCGGGCCCUCUAGCACUGGAACAGCUAUAGCCGUAUUUACCUGCAUUAUUUAGCUGCCUGCGGCGACGAGGGAGGUGCUGCGACUGCACAGCGAUGGGCAGAUGCGGGAACAUUUGGGUAUGUUGGAAUGGAGAAUUCCACAAUUGGGGCCCAUUGCCUAAACGCACAGAGCGCCUACUGGCAAAGCCCCUUUGUCUACCAGCCCUUGAAGAUAAACUGCGCAGAGAAGACACUCUUUUCACCUUCCUGAGUGAUCUAUAGUCAGAAACAUGUCUGUACAACUUCCUACUAAAAUUCUUUGAAAAUGGCAUCCCAUUUGGUGCAUGUCUACGCUUCUUGUAGCGGAGGUUGGGCAAUUUAGCGUCUAAGUGGGCAGCCUUACGCCUCUCAACAGAAAGCAAAAGGUUUGCAUUGGCCAAAAGGGUAAGCGUGCGCAGUGCCAACUCUCUCACUACAUGGAGGUCAAGUGGAGUAUUGGUAGCAAUUGCUUGAUCUACCAGUACUAACAUCUGGGAUGCGAUGCCAGAGAUCUCAAAAACGUUGUCCUGCACCAUGCUAAGGCCCUGUUCCAAAUCCAAAAGUGGGUCCUGAUCUGCUUUGUUCAAGAAACUACCCAACAUAGGGUCAAAUUCGGGUGCAUUACAGCCUCUGUCUGGUAUGUUUGUGAGGAGGUCCUCGGAAGCAGCAUCCUUCACAGGCUUUGUGGGUAUGGAAGACGACUGACUGGACUGGGCCUCAUCUAGUGAAGGUUCACAUUUAGGGCUGCCGGCAGCAGAGGGUUUCUCCUCAUCAGAUGCCCCUGUGGCAGGUGUCUGGGAAGGCAGAGCCGCCAAAGCACGUGGAAGCAUUUCACAGAUUGCAGAGAAGAGCCAAGCUUUAAACUCCUCAGACAUGUUAACCUGGGUUGCUUGGUCCAUGACUGUGUGGAAAAAUAAAUCAAAUAACCGUAUUUAUAAAUGUUAAACCAUAUUCAAAUCUAUAUUAAACACUUCAAACCAAAUACAGUAUACAUUUAGUCACCAAUAGAGGGUAACCCAAAUAAUGAGCAAAGUAGCAGCAGCUAGGGAGUCCCCAAAUACAGGCACAACAGUGAGCAGAUGACAAAGGGUCAGGUAGAGACAUAACAGGGGCUCACUCUACAUUAAACAGAAACUCUGCGAGGGACCAUGAAUGAAUAAUGGGGUUCACUUACCUAUAGAGGUUGGUACUCGGUGAGGGACCAUGAAUGAAUAAUGGGGGGUCACUUACCUAUAGAGGUUGGUACUCGGUGAGGGGCCCUGUAUUAAUAAUGGGGGGUCACUUACCUAUAGAGGUAGGUACUCAGUGAGGGGCCCUGUAUUAAUAAUGGGGGUCACUUACCUAUAGAGGUAGGUACUCGGUGAGGGGCCCUGUAUUAAUAAUGGGGGGUCACUUACCUAUAGAGGUAGGUACUCGGUGAGGGGCCCUGUAUUAAUAAUGGGGGUCACUUACCUAUAGAGGUAGGUACUCGGUGAGGGGCCCUGUAUUAAUAAUGGGGGUCACUUACCUAUAGAGGUAGGUACUCACUUAGGUACUCGGUGAGGGGCCCUGUGUUAGGUCACUUACCUAUAGAGGUAGGUACUAGGUGAGGGGCCCUGUUAAUAAUGGGGGUCACUUACCUAUAGAGGUAGGUACUCGGUGAGGGGCCCUGUAUUAAUAAUGGGGGUCACUUACCUAUAGAGGUAGGUACUCGGUGAGGGGCCCUGUGUACCUUAAUAAUGGGGGUCACUUACCUAUAGAGGUAGGUACUCGGUGAGGGGCCCUGUAUUAAUAAUGGGGGUCACUUACCUAUAGAGGUAGGUACUCGGUGAGGGGCCCUGUAUUAAUAAUGGGGGUCACUUACCUAUAGAGGUAGGUACUCUGUGAGGGGCCCUGUAUUAAUAAUGGGGGUCACUUACCUAUAGAGGUAGGUACUCUGUGAGGGGCCCUGUAUUAAUAAUGGGGGUCACUUACCUAUAGAGGUAGGUACUCUGUGAGGGGCCCUGUAUUAAUAAUGGGGGUCACUUACCUAUAGAGGUAGGUACUCUGUGAGGGGCCCUGUAUUAAUAAUGGGGGUCACUUACCUAUAGAGGUAGGUACUCUGUGAGGGGCCCUGUAUUAAUAAUGGGGGUCACUUACCUAUAGAGGUAGGUACUCUGUGAGGGGCCCUGUAUUAAUAAUGGGGGUCACUUACCUAUAGAGGUAGGUACUCUGUGAGGGGCCCUGUAUUAAUAAUGGGGGUCACUUACCUAUAGAGGUAGGUACUCUGUGAGGGGCCCUGUAUUAAUAAUGGGGGUCACUUACCUAUAGAGGUAGGUACUCAGUGAGGGGCCCUGUAUUAAUAAUGGGGGUCACUGAGCUGAAAGCCAGGCUGACACUGAGCUCACGGUUCCACCUCCCACAGAGUUUCCUCAGUAAAAGCGCGGGAACAGCCGAACAAAAUGGCCGCCGCGGGAAAAACCGCGCGAAACGGACAGUGAGCACGACAAGCGGCCAGACCGCGCUAUGGUCACGUGUAGGAUGGCAUUAAAAAGCUUCCCGACAGAAAGUGGAAGUUUAACGGCCGCAAUCCCGGGAGUAGAAAGAUGGCCGCCUAUUUACCAGAAGCCGCGGACUGGGAGCACCAAAAUGGCCGCCCAUCUACUGAAAACCACCGCAGACUGGGAGCACCAAGAUGGCCGCCCAUAUACUGAAAACCACCGCAGACCGGGAGCACCAAGAUGGCCGCCUCAAAGUCUCGCGAGAACGUAGUUGUCAGAAGAUUUAUUAUAAUUUAUUGAUUUAUAUAACCCAUGCUAUAGGUUUAUUAUUAUAAUUUAUUGAUUUAUAUAACCCAUGUUAUAGGUUUAUUAUUAUAAUAUAUUGAUCUAUAGAGCCCAUGCUAUAGGUUUAUUAUAUUAUAUUGAUCUAUAGAGCCCAUGUUAUAGGUUUAUUAUAAUAUAUUGAUUUAUAUAACCCAUGCUAUAGGUUUAUUAUAAUAUAUUGAUUUAUAUAACCCAUGCUAUAGGUUUAUUAUUAUAAUAUAUUGAUUUAUAUAACCAUGCUAUAGAUUUAUUAUUAUAAUAUAUUGAUUUAUAUAACCCAUGCUAUAGGUUUAUUAUAAUAUAUUGAUUUAUAUAACCCAUGCUAUAGGUUUAUUAUAAUAUAUUGAUCUAUAGAGCCCAUGCUAUAGGUUUAUUAUAAUAUAUUGAUUUAUAUAACCCAUGCUAUAGGUUUAUUAUAAUAUAUUGAUUUAUAUAACCAUGCUAUAGGUUUAUUAUAAUAUAUUGAUUUAUAUAACCAUGCUAUAGGUUUAUUAUUAUAAUAUAUUGAUUUAUAUAACCCAUGCUAUAGAUUUAUUAUUAUAAUAUAUUGAUUUAUAUAACCCAUGCUAUAGGUUUAUUAUAAUAUAUUGAUCUAUAGAGCCCAUGCUAUAGGUUUAUUAUUAUAAUAUAUUGAUUUAUAUAACCAUGCUAUAGGUUUAUUAUAAUAUAUUGAUUUAUAUAACCAUGCUAUAGGUUUAUUAUAAUAUAUUGAUUUAUAUAACCAUGCUAUAGGUUUAUUAUUAUAAUAUAUUGAUUUAUAUAACCCAUGUCUUACUGGGUGCUGUUUAGCUGAUAAUUCCCUAAUUUGCUAUCCUUAAACACAGUUGAGAGAUCAACAUUAGAGAAAGGACUUUGUCUUAAUUUUGCUCCGUCAGCUGUUUAGUACGGAACUCUCCAAUCUGAUAUCCUAACAUUGGAUUGCCAUAAUUAAUUUUCAUAACAAUUUUUCUUUCUUUUGAUUUUUUUUUUAUUUUUUUUUGGGGUUGAUUGAAUAGAUACGUCCCUAACUCGCUAUCCUUAUUUUAAAAAAAAAUGGAUCUGAAAUUAUUCGUUCCAAUAUGUACUGAAUUUGUUCUUUCAUUUUGUUUUGGCUAGUUAUGAAUUUGUACGUUCUGAGCUUUUAAAUUGCCAAAUUUGUCUGAAUUCAACAAAGUGGAUUGCACAGGCCUACUAGCUACUGUUUCAGUAAAUAUGACACUUUUACCCUUCUAGGGUAUUCCCAGUCUGGCCCCAGAUUAUGUACAUACUUCCCAAUGUUCCAAACAGAAAAAUAGUAACAUUUUGAUUUUAGGGAUGUACCACCUAACUCCCUGUCUCCUUCCUACAGUGCCUCAGCAAGGAAACCUUCUCAUCCUUACUGAGUUUGGGAAGAUUCUGGUGGAACCCAAUGAGAUCUGUGUGAUACAGGUAACAAGGAAUGCCAGAGACAUUAAUGUGAUUAAACCUGAAUUUUGCACUCCAUGAACGUGUUCAUUCUCUCAGUCAAUCUCUCAUCUCCCCAUAUUGUCCCAGUCCAACACAUCCCCCAUUUAGCCAUGGUCAUCCCUUCCACAUGCCCUUCAUUGUUUUUAUGUCCAUCUCCCUGUAUGUGCCUUUUUCUAUAUACCAGUCAACCGAUAUACUCCCAGUUACCCUUUACAUACCUGGUUUAUAUACCAGUCAACCAACAUACUCCCAGUUACCCUUUACAUACCCUGGCUCAUAUACCAGUCACCCAAUAAACUCCCAGUUACCUUUUACAUGCCUGGUUUAUAUACCAGUUACCCUUUACAUCCCUGGUUUAUAUACCGGUUACCCUUUACAUGCCUGGUUUAUAUACCAGUUACACAUUAUACACCUGGUUUAUAUACCAGUUAGCCGUUAUACUCAUAGAAACAUAGAAACAUAGAAUGUGACGGCAGAUAAGAACCAUUCGGCCCAUCUAGUCUGCCCAAUUUUCUAAAUACUUUCAUUAGUCCCUGGCCUUAUCUUAUAGUUAGGAUAGCCUUAUGCCUAUGUCACGCAUGCUUAAACUCCUUUACUGUGUUAUCCUCUACCACUUCAGCUGGAAGGCUAUUCCAUGCAUCCACUACCCUCUCAGUAAAGUAAUACUUCCUGAUAUUAUUUUUAAACCUUUGUCCCUCUAAAUUAAGACUACUCCUGGUUUAUAUACCAGUUACCCUUUAUAUACGUGGUUUAUAUACCAGUUACACGUUAUACACCUGGUUUAUAUACCAGUUAGCCGUUAUAUGCCCGGUUUAUAUACCAGUUACCCGUUAUAUACCUGGUUUAUAUACCGGUUACCCUUUACAUGCCUGGUUUAUAUACCAGUCACUCAAUAUACUCCCAGUUACCCCUUACAUACCUGGUUUAUAUACCAGUCAACCAAUAUACUUCCAGUUACCCGUUAUACGCCUGGUUUAUAUACCAGUUACCCUUUAUAUACUUGGUUUACAUACCAGUUACACGUUAUACACCUGAUUUUAUAUACCAGUUAGCCGUUAUACGCCUGGUUUAUAUACCAGUUAGCCGUUAUAUACCUGGUUUAUAUACCGGUUACCCUUUAUACGCCUGGUUUAUAUACCGGUUACCCUUUAUACGCCUGGUUUAUAUACCAGUUACCCGUUAUAUUCCUGGUUUAUAUACCAGUUACCCAUUAUAUGCCUAGUCUAUAUACCAGUUACCCUUUAUAUACCAGUUAACCUUUACAUGCCUGGUUUAUAUACCAGUUACCCUUUAUACGCCUGGUUUAUAUACCAGUUACCCUUUAUACGCCUGGUUUAUAUACCAGUUACCCGUUAUAUUCCUGGUUUAUAUACCAGUUACCCAUUAUAUGCCUAGUCUAUAUACCAGUUACCCUUUAUAUACCAGUUAACCUUUACAUGCCUGGUUUAUAUACCAGUUACCCAUUAUAUGCCUAGUCUAUAUACCAGUUACCCUUUAUAUACCAGUUAACCUUUACAUGCCUGGUUUAUAUACCAGUUACCCUCUAUACUCCCAGUCACAUUUUCUACACCCUGGCUUUUACUCAGUCUCCCUUAAUAAUGCCUUCCUUAUACUCCCAGCAGCCCUCUGUACUCCCAGUCGUGUUUUACACUCCCUGGCUUGUACAUGCAGUCGCCCUCUGUACUUUCAGUUUCCCUUUAUACGCCUUCCAUGUAGCAUGGAAGAAGGGUGUGACUGCGCGUAUAAGGAGCCCUUCAACUUUCUGUUCCCAGCUGCAUUAUUUCCUAAAUCUCUGCCCCUUGCAUUACGGGGGUCCUGACUGUGAAAGUCCAAGUCAGAUGAUGUCCCUAUCGGCCCCUGUAAUAUACUUUAUUGGGCCUUGGGCUCAUUUUUUAGGCUUACAGGAUCCUGAGGAAGCCCCAUUAGGAUUGAAACGUUGUACUCCUCCUUUUAUUACAGGUGAAUACUGUGAAGAAAGAAAGCCGCUCACUGGAAAUACAUUUUUUGUGAUUUUAUUCAUUUUCUAAUCUUUUAUACCUGUUGAAAUUUAGGAGUUAACUAGCUUUUUUUUUUACUUUUUGAAUGAUAUCCUGUAGAUUAUGUUUGUAUAGCUUGAAUGUUAAUAUGGGAAUCUCAUAGAUUAUUAAAGUGUGCGUGUCCGAUGAUGGUAUAUUUGAAUGGAGACUUGUAUUUCUCUCUGACAGCAAGGAAUGCGUUUUAGUGUGGAGGUUUUUGGGGAGACCCGAGGCUAUGUUCUGGAGGUGUAUGGAGUCCACUUCGAGUUGCCAGACCUGGGGCCGAUUGGUAAGUGUUACCAGUACCAGUUGUUGGUCAUAUUAUUGCAUCCGUGCACAGAGCGAACAAGGAAUAGAGGGGCCAAUGAAAGUAACAUUUUGGGACUCCACUGAUGUCUUACUAGCCAUAAACCCACAUAAUUGCCCUGAGCAUACAAGUAGCCCCUCUCCUUUACCUCCAGCAGGGAGAAUGGGUAUGAGUAGAACUGGAGACUGGUAAUGUAGCAGGGAGUGAGGUAGAGGUGGGACAUACCUACCAAACUUUAAUCUCCCAUAAUGGCAUGGAGAGCAAAUCUUAAAAUAAGUGCCCUCCAGCCAUGUUGGUGGAUGUACAGAGGCAACACAUCCUCUGCAAUUGUGAGCAGAAUAGUUUUUUUAUUUUUUUAUUGUGUCCUCAUGUGUCACAAAAUAGUCCAGGGAUCACUCAGCCCUGAUUUGUAGUGGCUGAGAGGGCUCUUGGUAAAGAAACGCUCGUCACAUACCAUGCGUAUUACAAAUUGUUAGCUAUCCUGCUAUCUGUAUAUUUAUAUGGAACAGGAUGCCAAUUUUAGGAAUACAGCUUCCUAAAAAUACCAUUGAAAUGUAAAAAUAAAGUUACUAAGAUUCGCAUACAGUAAGUGCAUUUACACUUUACAGUUCAUUACAGCCAGUUAUUCCCGUCUUCAUGGUAUCCGUGCAGUGUACUCCAUUGAUUCCUCCCCAGCAUGAUAGAAUGCAGCCAUGAAGUUUGACCUAUACAGCCUGCUGUAAAUUCAUUCUGAACUGAUGUAAGGGGAUAAAAGGAGCCAUAAUGGAGUAUUUAACUUCAAUGGUGGUUAAGGGGGAAGGGAUGAGGACUUGUAUCUUCCUAUAUUUUGCUACAUUUUGUAUGUAAAGCAAAUGCGAGCCUGUGUAUGCAUGUUAUUAGGAGGGAAUCCAGCUGGUUACCUCCACUAGUAAUGAAUGAAGAGACCCAUUUCCCCCCCAGUAACUGGACACAUCCCCUUAAUACUAGGAGCAACACUAAGGUUGAGGCUAAUUCUUUAUGGAAGAGUAGCUCAGGUUGACCGCCCCCGUCUACCACCUAUUCUAUAUCUAGUAUAAAAUUACCCAUUAAGAUUUCUUUCUCUUCAACUGUAUUGACUUCAAUUUUAUUGGCCACACUCUGCUUUAUACUUUCCCCAUGCAAGGGGUGGAUCACACAUAAAAACAAUGUCCCCUCCCUGGGUCCCACCCCCUCCCAGGUGUUGUAUAACUGAUCCCAGCUACAGAAAGCCCGCCAAACCGCCAUUGUCCCCACCAAUCUCAGGGACCCUCAGAACGGUAACCGCCACGAACAGCCUCCAUUUGCAGGGUCCCUGGGUGAAACCAGGCAAGGGAAGCAUCUCCAUUCAGGAUACAAAUGCUCCCUCUGGCCGACAUUCGUCUACACGAACGGCGGCCACCUCGGGAAGCACUCAUUAAUUAAUUACUUCCCUUGCGGUUUCACACUUCUGUUGCGAGUUGCCAACGUUCUAAUUGAUUGGUGCGAACAUUCCAAAGAGCACUGGGGAGGUCCUCAUUUGGAAACCGAAUGAGGUGGGAGCAAUCUACCAAUGCUCUCCCUGGAUGGCGUUCGUCUAAUGAACGGGCUCCCACCCAGGGGAGGCACGCUCCGAUGCUUCCCUUGCGGUUUCCUUUUUUUAACACCUCGUUAACGAGGUGCGAACAUUCUAAAACAACAUUUUAAAUGAGGUUUCAAGGUGGUCCACGUUCGGGAGGUGAAUGGAUUCCAUUCGUGGCGGCCCUUCCGAACAGGGAGCAGGCAGUUUAGACGAACACACAGAGUAAACUACAGGAGCAUGAUAGUGAAAUACACGAAAAGGGAGGGAGAACCCCUGACCCCCAGACAGUACACACACACAACAGGGAAAUUAACAGUUUAGCGGCAGUACCGCUACAGAACCGGUAGGUAGUUGUGUUUGUUUUCUUUAUCUUUAGAAUACAAAGAGUACCAACCUUUUUAGGCUGUUCAUUGGUAUAUUGUAAAACUCACACAAAUGGAAAAUGAGUUUGAAAACAUGGCUACUUUCCCUAAUGUGACUGGGUACGUUUUACAAAGAAUAGUAAUACGCUAUGACCAUGUCAAUGUACUGUAAAUACAUAAUCACUUUUCCUAUUAAGCCUCCACAUCAGUCAUUGGACCAUUUUACCCAGAAACCCAAACAGAUGUUCAAGAAUGGGUGACUGGCUCACUGUCUUUGCAUUAGACCUCUACCUAAUUAUUGGCUUGUAUGAUAAAAUAAUGAAAACUGUGGGUAAUGCUUGGCCAAUACUCUGUUCUCUCCAAGGGGCCAACGGACUGGCUAAUCCCCGUGAUUUCCUUACCCCUGUGGCGUGGUAUGAAGAAAGGACUGUACCCAGUGGCUACUCUGUGAUCAGCAAAUACCAGGGCAAGCUGUUCGUAGCCCUUCAGGUAAGAUGCCAUGUUAAAUAUUAGAUUGACCUCCAGGUAAGCUACCAUGUUAAAUAUUAGAUUGGCCUCCAGGUAAGAUGCCAUGUUGGUUAUUAGACUGACGUAGUUAGUGUCUGUGCAGAGCUGUGGAGAGCCAUGCAUCCAGUACCAAGUUAAAUACCAUGAUUACAGCCCCCUCCUGCUCUCUGUAUUACUGAUUCAUUCAUAGUAUAUAUUAUAACUCCUAUCUGUUAUACGCAGACAGGGCCGGAUUAACAUAGGGGCUGAUGGAGCUGCAGCUCCAGGCCCAGGCCCAUGGAAUAGGCACAUUUAAAAAAAAAAUAAAAAAAAAAUAAAUAUAUAUAUAUAUAUAUAUAUAUAUAUAUAUAUAUAUAUAUAUAUAUAUAUACUACUCUUAGGGUUGCCACUCAACUGGUAUUUUACCAGCACAGACGGUAUUUGAGGCUUCCUGGCCGUGCCGGUAUUGCAGUAAUACCGGCAAUACAAAUGCAGAUAUUUUUCUCAGUAUAAACGGAGAUUACGCUGCAAUACCAGCACCAGCCAGUAGGGGGCACUGUGUGUGGAGAGAGGCAGGAAUAGAAAGUUCCAGCAUAUCACUCACUAAUCGGCGGGCGAGCAGCUACACAGCACAGAGAGUUCAGAAAACAGCUCCUAGCCUGCAGAAACAGCCUUCAGCUCAGGGAAGUGAGGGCUGAGGGGAAAGGCAGCAGGGAGACAUGGGGACAGUGGGACACUGAGACACUAGGGGACACUGUGAGACAUGGGGAUGCUGAGACACAUUGGGAGACACAUUGGGACACAGUGUCUCCAUGUCUCCCAGCCAGUGUCCCUAGUGCCUCAGUGUCCCCGUGGCUCCUAGUGUCUCCAAUGUCUCCAAAUGUCUUUGUCCACAUGUCUCCCUAGUGGCUCAAUGUCUCUGUGUCCCUAUGUCCCCCAGUGUCCCCAUGCUUCCCAGCUAGUGUCCCUAGUGUCUAUGUCCCCAUGUAUCCCAGGGUCCCCUAGUCUCCCAGUGUCUGUGUUCCCAUGUCUCUGUGUCCCCAAAUAUCUCAGUGUCUGUGUCCCUAGUAUAGGUAAUGGAAAUGCACACAAUCCCUCGUCCUGGAAUCCUGGGUGCAAUAGCUUGACAAAGGCCCUAAGGGGUCGAAACGUUGUUUUUUUGGUGCUUGGGUCCAAUAAAAUUGCCUAUCUGUUGGAAUACCUUGGAGUGCCUGGAUUAUUUUCUACAUUUAAAUCUGUGUCCCUAGUGUCUGUGUCCCCACUUCUCCCAGUGUCCCAAAUGUCUGUAUCCACAAGUGCCCCCAUGUAUCCCAGUGUACCCAAGUGUCCCUAUGUCUCCGAGUGUCCCAGGUGUCUGUGUCCCCGGGUCUCAGCAGUGUCCCCAUGUCUCACUGUGUCCCCGUGUCUCUCAGUGUCCCCUAGUAUCCUAGUGACACGGGAAACACUGAGACAUGGGGAGAAAUUAAGACACUGGGAGACUAGGGAACUGGGCGACAUGGGGACACUGACACUGUGAUACAUGGGGACACUGAUGCCAGGCUGGCCUUAAAUUCUUUGGACAGACAUGCCCCCUUUUUGGGCAUGUUCACCCCUUUUGGCAGUUCUGGUCACGUGAUUCACAUCAGUGGCCCACCCUUUUACCCCGCCCUUUGACUUCCUGCUUCACUGGACACUGCUGUUAAGGGGUAUGGAUUUACUUGAAAGAUGAAAGCAGAAAUUAGAGAGAUUAGCAUAGAGAAUGUGUUUUCCUAUAGCUGCAUCCUUUGCGUUUCCCUCCAACACCAUCUCCAUCAGAUACAUGACGCUUGGGAGGUAUGACCGUUUUAGUGUUUUUAGUUGAUAAUAUUCUGUAAUUAGGCCCAUUAUAAUCUUCACGGUGCUCACAGCAAAGUCCAUGCGCCCUGGUGUAGCCAUUGCUGACUUUGUUAUCUUCCCUCCACGUUGGGUAGUAGGGAAUAACACUUUCCGGCCUCCUUAUUACCACAGUAAGUACUCCUCUCACGCUCUUAACAAUCACAUAUUGUCAGCACCAGGCCCACUGGGCUCUUAAUCUGGCCCUGUACGCAGAUAGUAAUUCUAAACCAUAUUUCCUCCUGUGUCUAUUUGCAGGAUUUCUCCCCAUUUAACGUGGUUGCCUGGCAUGGAAACUACGCUCCUUACAAGUAUAAUCUGGAUAACUUCAUGGUGAUUAACUGUGUGGCAUUUGAUCAUGCGGUAAGUUUUCCAAAUCAUCAGAAUCCCAGCUAUUGUUGUGCCCCUGGUUGGACUGGAGUGAUUAGCCCAGGACAGCCGUCAGCCCCCAGAGAGUGUGCCCCAGAUUCUAUGGCCACACUGCCAGGCCCUGCGUAACCAACCCUCCGAGAGUGACCCCAAGAUUCUAUAGGUUCAAUGCCUGGCUCUAUGUAAUCAGCCCCCAGAGAGUGAUCCCCAGAUUCUAUGGCUGCACUGCCAGGCCCUGUGUAAUCAGCCCCCAGAGAGUGAUCCCCAGAUUCUAUGGCCACACUGCCUGACCCUGUGUAACCAGCCCCCAGAGAGUGAUCCCCAGAUUCUAUGGUCGCACUGCCAGGCCCUGUGUAAUCCACUCCCAGAGAGUGAUCCCCAGAUUCUAUGGUCGCACUGCCUGGCUCUGAUAAUCGGCCCUGUACCAGAGUUACUUUCCAGCCCAUUUUUAAAGGAUAACUGGUAUGUCUUGUAUACAGGACUAGGGUAAAUGACAGAAAACCCAAACUAAAUCUUAACCAGGUUAACCUUUGUAUUAUGUUUUUAAAGUAUAACUAAUAUCCCUCAUGAGGUCAUGAUAACUGAGAGCCUGGGCAUGAAAAAUCCAUAGAAAUAGCUCGUCAAAGAUUCAGGACUCAAUUUCCACCAGAAUCUGGAUAAAGAGAACCUUAAAAACUGUGAAUGCCAACAGGCAAAACAUAGGGUCUGUAACGUGUUCCUGUCUGUGUAGGACCCCUCAAUCUUCACGGUGCUCACAGCAAAGUCCAUGCGCCCUGGUGUAGCCAUUGCUGACUUUGUUAUCUUCCCUCCACGUUGGGUAGUAGGGAAUAACACUUUCCGGCCUCCUUAUUACCACAGUAAGUACUCCUCUCACGCUCUUAACAAUCACAUAUGUAAAUCUAGCAUUGUAUAAAGUUCACACUGAAACAGUCAUUUAUCUGCAUAAAACACCACUUUGUGAUAGCCGGCAGAGACAGGAGAGCAAAUCAACCUCUGAAUUCCUGGCAAUCCUCACUUUAGGGAAUAGCCCUCACAGUGAAUUUCAAAGAUUUAAUACAAAUUUGAAAUAUAAGCGAGUGCAGGUGACUCCUGAUGUCUCAGGCCUUCUUAAGGGCUACUUCUAAUGUUGUUGAGUAAGUUCAGCUUCAUCAAGAUAUCAGAUAAAUGUAAAGUGAUAUUAUCCCAGAAGGCUUAUAAUCUAUUAUUGCGAUAAAGUGUUUCCUAAUAAAAGAAAACCAUAGAAAUAGCCAUGAUUGAAAUCUAUGAAUGCAAAUAAUAGGAAACCGAGUAUGGAUGGGUUACCCAAAUGAAAUUGGGAUAUAAAAGGUGUGAUGUAUCAGUGGACGGAUUAUAUUACUGCACUUUCCUCCCCCAGGAAACUGUAUGAGCGAAUUUAUGGGGCUCAUAAAAGGUCACUAUGAAGCAAAGGAAGAGGGGUUCCAGCCGGGGGGCAGCAGCCUGCACAGCGCAAUGACCCCACAUGGGCCGGACAUGGAAUGCUUCGAGAAAGCUAGCACAGUUAAAUUGGAGCCUGAGAGAGUGGCCGAAGGGGCCAUGGUGAGUGGUAUUUGGCAAAUUAUUUUGAGAAUUCCUUUUUAGCUAACUUAGAUUUCUAUUACAUCCAGUGUAAGGAGAUUAUGGAAAUAAAGUAUAAUGUAAACGUUAUCCUUAAAUGUGAAAUCUUUAUCAAAUCUAUUCUGAGACUUCACUACGUUAUUCCACCAGGCUUUUGUUUUGUCAUAUUUUUACAUAACCAGUCCUAGAUUUGGCCUGCUAACCCCCCUUAUAUCUGACUUUGCCCCUUUGUGUAUCAUUUAUGGAGAGUCCACAACUUUCUAGGCCUCACUUUAUCUCCUUUCUCUCUCGUCCUUUUAUAUUCCUGUCUUCGCAGGCCUUCAUGUUUGAGUCUUCACUGAGUAUGGCUGUGACCAAGUGGGGACUACAGACCUCUAACCGUUUGGACAAGGAUUACUACCGCUGCUGGGAACCACUCAAGAGCCAUUUCCAUCCGGACCAAAAGUAGACCUGUUUGUGAAGCCCAUUACAACAUGUCGCUCUUAUACAUUAUUUGGAUGAGUUCUCUCUCUGCCAUCAUUUCAGCCCAAGGUUUCAGAAAAUACCCCGAUCUACUCAAACUUCCAUUACCUGUAGGACAUAGUUUGUGUACUUCUCCCUAACAAUGUUACACAAUGUGGCUUGUAAUCGUGGUUUCUCCUUGUUAUGACCUAAAGCUUCAUUAUAUUAUUGAUGACAUUUAUUCAGAUCCAAUUGUGACAUAAGAGACCAAUUUCCCAUUGUGGACUUUCUCCAAUUACUCCACCAGGAGGCAGUGUCUGCCAUCCAGAUCAGAUAUGGGUGGAUGCAUUUAAACCACAAUAAAUACCUUUCACCAUUUCUGUGUUCCAGCUUAGUACAUGCAGCCAACUUGGACUUGUUACAGCCUGGAUACUAUAGAGUCUAGACCAGUGGUUCCCAAACCAGUCCCCAUGGCCCACCAACAGUCCAGGAUUUAUGUAUUUCCCUGUUUUAUUCCAAUAGAGAUACAGACAAAACCUGGACUGUUGGUGGGUCUUGAGGACUGGUUUGGGAAAUGCUGGUCUAGACCGUACAAUAACUUUAAUUUGCAGUUCAAUCAGGUCCAAGACACGUUAAAAUGCAUUAUAUUGUUUUUAUCAUGCAAAGAAUAUAAGAAAGCAUGCACGACAAAUCGGUAAAUUAAAAGAACACUAUAAUGUGAGGAAUAGAACGAUGUUUGACGCAAUAGUGUUAAAUCAACUAUUUAGGUCACGGCCCUCCUUAGAUUGCUGUAAAAAGGUGGUUUUACUCACUUUUUUUUUUUUUUUUUACUUGUGCCUUCCUGGGGGGGUGGGGGUUGUAAUACAGAGAAGGGCGAUGGAACAUGGAGAAGAUACUUAAGCAUAUAAAAGUGACCAGAGAUAGAAUUUCAACCUAUUCACAGACUCAUAAGAAUCCGAGAAAGGGGAAGAGACAGGAAAGAAUGGGAGAAACUUAAAAUGGAGUCACAGAAUCUGGGUCUAUUAAGCAAUGAAUAAAUAGGAGUCAUUGGAGGCUUUCCACUGAUUCAGUAAUUGUAAAUGCAAACAAUUAUAGGGUCUUCCAAUACUGAGUGAUUUUAGUAUGCGCUCUCUCUGCACUUUGAAUAGGAGUCAUAUUAACCAAUAACGCUGAUAGUAGUGUAUGUUACAUGAUUGGCUGGUCUUUUUCGCAGGGGACAUGGGCUCACUAGCAAAUGCCCCCAUGGAAUGUGCAACUUAAAACUCUGCCAAAGGAUUAGACGUCAACUUUACCCCGAGCUGCCACAGGGGGAUAAAUUAUUAUAGACGGGGUAAACAAAGGGAAUUGAAUCAAAACGAAAGAUACUAAUAUGAAGCCAGAGUCAAAUGAGGUCUGAAAUAUAAGGCCAUUCCAAAAUCAUGCUAAUUACCAACAUUUUAAUUACAUGUAGCUUUAAAUGAUAUGGCUAAGAGUGGCUACUGAUUUUACAAAACUCAAAGAAGGGCAAGAGUGCAAUCUGUCUCAAAAGAACAAGCCUAUUCAGUUCACAAUUCUCCAAAACUGGUAAUUAACUGCCCCUGAAAUACAAUUGCUAAAUAACACCAGCACUACACUGUGCAUAUUAAACGGAAUCCUUUGCUUUUUUACACAAAUUAAAGGGUUACUCCGGGACCAUUACCACUUCAGUGAUUAAGUGGCGAUAGUACUUGGAGUCUAUAUGUGCAUUUUACUAUGAAACGCUGCACACACAGACAUAUAGCCCUUUCCUAGGAAGGUAUAACUCCAACAAGAGUUCCAGGCUGGCUAAUGUCAGGUCUUUCGUAAGCAUGCUGAACACCCUACGUCCUCCCUGACACCUCUCCCAAGAGGAGUACCAUCACCAAACAAGGAUCUUGCUGUCUGGAAGGCCUUGCCGAGUGUCAAAUCGAUUUUUGUGUUUAAAAUUUAAAAUUUGCAAAUGCCUCAUGAAUAUGUAGAAUUGCACUUACCCCCUAAUGAAAAAUACCAAUUGUUUAAAGAUGUGAGUAAAGGCAGAGAAAAAUUAAAACCCAAGGACCAUUUUACUAGACUAGUAUUUGUGAAGAAUAAACAAAGGAUUUCAACUCCAACUAAAAGUAUCGAGUCUGAAAAAUUGGAGAAUUUCAAUUUAGACCGAAAGGAAAAAAAAACAUUAAAAAAAAAACAAACAUUGCUCCACAAUUCCCACGUUUAUUAAAUAAAGUUUCUGGUUUCAAGUAGCUGUGAUGCAACAUUUGACUGGAAUCUUUUAUCAAGUAAUGCUAUGCAAACACAAAAUUUCCAAAAUUAAACUUUGUAGAAGCACAGAAACCCUACAAGUCCCAUGUGUGUAUUUAUGCAGUUGUAAUCAAAAUUAUUCAACCCCCCCCCCAUGCAAAUCAGGAUGAUUGUCAAAAUGUACAGACUUUCAGUUGUUUGCAAUUAAUAAAACAAAAGCAAUUGAAAUAGGACUUGAAUGAAAAAGCAAAACGUGUUUCUUCAAGCACACCAGAUUCAACUAAUCAAGGGUUUCAUUAGUUGCACCAGGUCUGCUUGAGCUGGAACACUUUAAAUACCUAAACUGGCUAGGGGUUUGUUGAGUGUCACGUUUGACUGCAUGUUAGAGAUAUGGCUAAGUCAAAAGAAUGGUCGACAAAGGGAAGGGAAGUUAAUCAUCGCCCCUUCAGAAGCAAGAAAUAGGAUACAAAAAGAUAGCAAAGGCCCUGAAUGUCCCUAGAGACACAAUUGAAAGCAUAGCAAAAGUUAUCAAUGGCUGCAACUAGAUUUCUGAAAAAACAGGUUAUGAAAAACCUUCAAGUGACUGCAAAAACCUGCGGCAAGACUUUGUGGCAACAGGCAGUGAGGUUUCAGUGAGCACAGGAAGGCCUUUAAGGAACACAAAGUUUCCAUGCCAGAACUUCAAGAAGUACACCACUACCCAGAAGCACAAAAAGUCUGCUCCAAUAUGCUCAAAAUCAUAUAAAUAAGCUACAGACGUUUUGGGAUUAAAGGAAGGAUGAAGCAUACGCUGAAAAGAACACUCUGCCUACAGUUAAGCAUGGUGAUGGCUCGAUGAUGCUCAGGGGCUGAUUUUGAUCCCCUGGCAUUGGAAACCUGCAGCGUGUGGAAGGCAAGAUGGUUUAAAUUAUUAGGACAGGGCUCGACAAAUCUCAGGUCGCCAUGGCAUCUAGGAAUUUUGCCCUGGCGCCUAGGCUAUGUGAGCCCAUUACCUUCAAGGCAGGCAGCUGGGUGCGCGAAUAGUAGGGGCACGGCGAGGAAGCCGUAAUAUGACGUCAUUCCGGCCCUGGCCUCACUAUGCUGCUCACGAGGGAGCAGAACAGGAACAUGAAAGCUCCCUCGCCGCCCACCUUCAUAAUCCCACUGCCGGUUGCCCACUAGACCCCACAGGUAUUUAAACAAGCAAUAAUGUGUGUCUACGUAUGUCUGUGUAGAUGACCUGACCCCUUCCGUUUUCAAGGGAACAGUGCUUUUACUCACCAUUUGUUCCCACACCGUGCUGGUCUCCCCUCGACUCUGCCCUACAUUCAAAAUUAUGAAGCAUGAUGAUCUGAGCCAAUCCAAUGUUUUCCCAUAGGACUGGCUGCAAAACGCUGCACCAAUCAGCAUCCAGCGCAUCAAUGCAUCUCUAUGGGGAACAUCCAGCGCCUCCAUGCAGAGCGUAGAGAUGCUGAAUGUAGGUACUGCGCACUGUGCAGCACUGACACAGGAAGCACCUCUAAGGACAGUCUGAGUGACUGUCACUAGGAAGCAAUGUAAACACCACCUUUUCUCUGAAAAGGCAGUGUUUACAAUGAAAAGCCUUCAGCGACAGGCUAGACACCAGAACCAAUACAUUAAGACUUUUACUGGUCCUGGUGACUAUAG